CAUACUCUAGGCAAGCACAGCUUCAUUUAAAAUAGAUCAGGGAAUCUACCUGGUCUGCAGUGCCCUAAAUAAUUAUUUUAGCGUGUAUAUUUCAUUUUUAUCAUAUAACCAUGAGAUUUAUAUAUGUAUUGUUCAUAUUUUUUUCUUCCUUGAUAUCGGGUCUGAUGGCUUAUAAUUGCUCUUGUGCAAAUAUAACAUGCCCCCCACGACCUGUAAAUUGUAUUGGCAGUUAUACACUUGAUCCUUGUGGAUGCUGUACACAAUGUUCUAAGAAAGAAUGGGAACCUUGCGGUGGAGAAUCCUGGGUACUUGGCUACUGUGCAGCAAAUCUGAAAUGUGCAAAUAUCACUGGACAGACACUUGUUGAACUUCCACAUGUUGGAGUCUGUAAAUGUAAGUAUCGUUAUACACACACACUUACAUGCAGAUGUAUAUUUUCAUAUACAUAAUACAUACAUAUACAUAUUACCUCCACUUGAAAAAGUAUUUUAAGGUGAAACACGUUGUGGUUUUUAUUUGCAUAUUAUUUUAGAUUGUAUGAAUAAAGGUAUUUUGGUUACUUUCUGUGCCAUUUUACUCUUUUUUAGUCUACAUUUUAUUCUUGCUACUUUAUUAUUACUUUUAUUCUAUACUGCCUGGCAUCUGAUUUUUUUUAUCUUCAGUGAGCAUCACUCUCAAGAUAUAUCCUUGGUGGGGAUUAUUCCACCCACACCCUAUCCAUAGUGCAGUUUGCCUGCUCUGGUAUAAGUGUGUACAAUAUCUGUUGUCUAUAUUCCUGGAGUUUUAUACUGUGAGCACUAUUUGUUUUUUCUUUUUAUGUUUUAUGGUCCACACACGACUGAGACGCUAUAUUCACAUAUCAUUAAGUGGGGAUUGUACCACUAAACGCUAUCCAUAGUUCAAGCUCCAUAAAACGUGAGUAGCACUAUAUCUUAUCCUUUUUAAAAUACUCCCUGCAAGUACAUACUGCACCAUUAUCUCCUUUCUUUUUUCAUAUACGGAUUCACUGCUGACCCUCUCUGGCAUCCACAUAGAGGAACCCUGCAAAUAACCUCCAGAUAUCCCCUCUAGCAAGUGUAUAUUUGCAUCCACAUUGGAAUACUUUUUUGGACUUAUUUGACCUCUUGACUUUAUUAUUUGGACAUUUUGUGCAUAUAUAUCUUUACUAUUUUAAUUGUUUUUACUGUACCCUAGUGGACACUGUAACGGACUGUUUUGCACAUAAGAAGUUAAAAAACGUUUAGGCAAUAUUCCCCUUUCCAGAUGCACCGACAGCUACUGUAAGCACCAAUCUCCCGAACUGCAAACACGAAUACUGGAAACAGCCGAACAGGAAAAGCAUACAAUCAGCUUACACUCCUGGCGAUCAGCAUACAAUCCAAUCCCCCCCAAGAACGAGACGACACUUCGUUUUGAGGGUCGAUUGUUCGAUACUUUGUUUGGUAGAUUGAAUCUACCGACCACCCCGGCAGAAAGGCACGAAUACGCUUUUCUGCAGGAAAAUGAAAGGUUUUAACUGCCCGGCCAUAGUCUAAAGGGAGCAGGCGAGCAACCAGGCUGUGGCCAUUCUGUGGCCUUCUACUGUUUUUACCUUAUAUACAUAUUGAACAUAUUAUGCUACAGGCACAAGAUCAUCCAAUGGCUUUUUGAUAACUAUGCAAAGUUUAACUAGUAACAAUAGUGAAAUUUACCUUACAUGAAAUUAUAGCUAGUGUCGAAGAUGUCUAUGAUCUGCUUGAUAUAUACUAACUAUUGGAGCAAGGGUUUACUCUGCUUACUGACUAUCGAUUUUCCCGUACAUUUAUGGAGUAAACCAUAAUGUCCAUGAUUAAACCAUGAAUGAUUAUCCCUUCGUCCCAUCGCUUUAAUGAUGCUGUAUAAGAUGGCAAGACACUUGUUGUUAUAUAAUUUGUCUGUGUUUUUUAAACAUUGGGUUAAGUGUAUGUCUGUGUGUGCAUGAAUGUGUAUGUGUGUGUUUUGGAUUGAAUAUAUGUAUCUCAAAUUAUAUAUAUGUGGAGAAAGACAUGCCUAGAGUAGGUACCUGUGUGCUUGUGUCAGUUAAUAUGUGUAUCUUUGUGUAACUGUCUAUUUAAGAUUGUGUGAUGGUUUUGUAUUGGGCCCCAAGACGUCUAAUUCUAUUCCAAAUUGCCUAGUUUUUACAACAAUAUCUCUAGGCUCCAAAAGUCAAAGUAUAAUUUAUUUUGCUUGCUUACAUUAACAGCUAUGAGAAAGCACUCCACAGGUACACACUAUUUUGAAGAUGAUGACGAAUUAUGUCCCGAAUAUGAAGCAUGUUUUAAGGUCAUGGGAACCUGUGACUGUGUUAAAAAAAGGACUUGCUUUAUGAAUUUUAUGACUGAGGCUCGAUGUCGCAUGCAGGUGGAGUCCGAUCAGGGUAAAGUAACAUAAACAUGCUUUGUAUACUAAUUAAAGUGUAUUUAGUUUUGUACACGGUUUUUUCUUUCAAUCAAGUAAUAACUAUAAUAGAAAUUGAUUUUGUUCUCCUCUUAAAGUAUUAGUACCCUUCCUGUCUAAGAUAUUUUUUAGAUUAUCUUUUCAAUUAAUAGAAGAAUGCUCAUAAAUGACAGUAUUUAUGCUUGAAGCCAUGAAAACUCUGUGCACAUCAACCACUGCAUUGUUUAAAGCAUAUACAAUUUAUUAUGCAAUAUAUAUUUGUCUCUGUACUAGCAAACAUUGAUUCAUUAGAUAAUUGCAGCAUAUACAUGUAAAACUUCCUACCAGUCAAAAAAACUGUUCUGUAAUCUGUUUAUUUUUAUUAUUAUUAUUGUCCUAGCAACCUACUUUUCUACCCUACUCCAACCUUUUGUGUCCCAUUACCCCACUCCCUCUAGCAUGUAAGCUCAUUGAGCAGGGACCUCAAUCCCUCUGUUUCUGUGUGUUCAACUCAAUACUUGUCUGCUAGACCACCUUUUGUACAGUGCUACGGAACUUGCUGGCACUUUAUAAAUAAUAAUUAUUAUUAUUACUGAAUGUAGAAUACAUUAUUAGCAUUCACAUAUUGACAAUAUAAUUGCAUACAGGGCCAAAUUACAUGUCAGGUGCCUAAAGGCACAACAUUUGUAGGCACGCCUUGCUCCCCAACCCCAAAGUAAGGCAGAUAAAGCAAGUAUAAUUAAUUUAUUAACUGGGUUUAAAGCAGGGACAUAUAUACAUCAUCUUCCAUGUUUAUGUCUCUCAUGGAACCUUUGCUUGAUUUGGAUUUUCAUGAAAAAUGUAAUUACUUUCUCUAUAUAGAACUGGUUAUUUCUAGAAUGUUAAUUUUAUAAAUUGGUAUAUUUAUUUUUAUUCUUUAUUUUUGUAGUGCGUACAAAACAGACAUUAAUAGUGAGUCAUUUCUGAAGAACAUACAUGUCAAGAUAAUAGAUAGCCAUAUCAGUAAAUGUCAAGGGAACCACACUUUUUGUGAAAAUAGGUAGCAGGAGCAGAUAUCAAUAUAGGUUAAGCAAGGAAAGAGUGAAGCAAGCUGAAUUAGUGAACUGCAGCUGAUUAUAAGAUAUGGUAACCAUUGGGACAGAUUUAUCUAUGUAAGAUAAGUAUAACAGCAAGAACCUUCCAGCAUAGAGUCACAGCCAAGCAGCAUGCCUGGUCAUGAGCCUAUCAGCCUAUUCCCGGUGGUGGAAAGUCCAGGCACCUGUUCUCCUCAGCAACCACGCUGGUGCUUCUCCACCCAGGCCAGUCACCCAUUGAGCCAAAUAGGAUGACCACAGCAGGAUCUUACGUCAGUUGACAGCAGGACUUGUAUAGCUGGGAACAUGUGUGGUGGGCACCUGGAACAGGUAGGAUGUGUCGGGGGUGCGUAUACCUGUUGGUUCUGUUCUGGGCUGCAUUGUGUGCGAGGGUCAGAGCUAUGUCGACCAGUCAUCCGCUGCACAUGCUUCCUGCGCUGUCUCUGCCUUGGCCUCUUUACGGGGUGAUACCUAUUCCAGCAUAAUCAGCCAUUAGGAUGAACUAGUUGGGGCCGCAGCUCGGCAUACAGGAGAGGAGGGAUGUCCCCGGAUGCUCAGCAUUGCCCAAAAGGUCGAACAAAUGUGGUCGAAGUGCCAGAGAAGUCGACAGGUGCGGGUGUCUGUGGGAGAGUGUUUCAUGUUUUAGGUCACAGCAGUGUUGCUUUUCAUUCUUGGCCCUUGAGGCCCGCUUAAGUAAGAUGUAGAUCCGUCGUGGCAGCCAUCUUGGUCGCACCAUGCAGUUCUCAAGUCCGCAUUGAGGGAGUUCUGCCUCUGAAUUUGUAGUGGGUUAAGUGGCAGCAAGUGGUGGCUCAGAGACAUGCGCUCAGCAUCUAAAAUCGUCCGCUUCUCCACUACGCUGGUGCAGCAGACUCAGUAGGCCUCCAGGUCAGGCAAAUUAGCUGCUCAAUAAGAUGUCCCAGGCCAGUACCAAAAUGGCACACUUGGUGAUAAGCUUAGCCUUUCAGCAGUUUAGGGCCCUCUUGUAGCCAGAUUAUUAGCAUGAAAUGCUGGAAUUUAGCUUCGUGAGGCAGGAGCUACAGAGGGACACAUCCGGCCAUCUUGGGUAUCAGGCCCCGCCCUCAAAUUGGUAUUUUUGAUGUAAUGUUUAGACUGUAUUUUUGUCUGGGUGAACACCCUAAUGCAAUGGAAAGUGAAUACCUAUGACAUACACAUAAUCAUUCUCCUGUGAUGUCUUUGAGGGAGUUGCUAGAAUUAUAGCUGCAGCAAUUUUUGGCACAGAUAUUUUAGACAUUGUAUGCCUGAGCACAGUGAUACAAGCUCAGUUAAGCAGGGUCCUUAGCAACUUUGCUUCCUGUAAAUCCAACUCGUCUUGUUGUAACUACUUGUUUGUUAGUCAAUCUAUUGUACAGUGAUGCAGAAUUUGAUGGUGCUUUUUUAAAUAAUAAAAAUAAUAAUAAUAAUAUUCUUGGACCAUAAGCAAUGUUUAUUAAAGUUCUUUAAAUAAAGUUCUUUAAUGCAUGAAAAAAUACUCCUAGUUUUUAUCCAUUUCUAUUUUCUCAAUAGAUCAUGAGGAGGUACUAUACAGAAGAUACAAUAUACAGUGCUAUACAAGUGGAUGUAACAUCACUAAUGAUAAAUGUGUAUGUGGACCGGUACCUUGUGGACAAAACUAUGAAUUUAAUGAUCAAAUGCAAUGCAACACUGCAUUGGGUAAGUUUAUUUCAAAUGUAUUGAAAUUAUGUAGAUGGGAUUAAUAAUGUAGUUCCUAACCCCAGUAAUGGAAAGUCCCAGAGUAUACCCAGCCCCUUUGUUCUAUUAUCCUUAAGGUCUGCUAUGAACAUUCCCUGUAACAGAAAAAACACGCUCACUUUGAUGGUUUGCUGAACGUGACAAUACCACACUCUUCUUCUCAUCUCAGUAGCUCAGAGGCUCCUCAGCAGGAUGUAAAUUAGGUUCAGACAAGUAAGCUCUGACCAUUUCAGAAGUAACCUCUCAGGUAAACUCCCAACUUGACAUGAUACUAAAUGUCACCACCAUGUUUAAACACUUUGGGCUGUCACCAGUGUCCGGUCAAGUAGAAGGCAUGGUAGCCACUAAGAAGCACUCAACAAAUAUGUGGUGAAAAGCACCUGCUGAACUACAGCCUUAGCCUCUAGUAGCCUACAGGAAGGGUAAAGUGAUGAGAAUAUCUUCCUGCUGAAAGUGAAUCACAGGGAAUGUUCAUAUUGCGUAGCUGCUGUAUCAGCUGCUUAAAGGGCUCUCCUUAUAUCCUUAUAUUGAUCAGGGUUAUUGACAUGGAUUGAUAACUAAAUAUAUGCCAAUAUUCUAUCUCCUACUCAAAGAUGUCCAAGUGCUCCUAUCAGUAGCUGCUAACUAGAUAAAGUAUAAAGCUAAACCUAGUGUCACACUUUAAUCAAUGACCCAGGCUAUCUCACACUUCUACACAUGCAUAGCAAGAGAAAACAAAAAGGAUCACUGAUGGUCCAUCACCCUCAAUAACUGAAGUAAAAGUGUCUAGAAGAAUCUUGUUUGGUUGUUACACAGCAUUUCCUUUUUUAACUCUCUAUUGGCUAAACAAAAUUUAUUCUGCACUGCCACAUACCUAUUCCUGAAGCAAAACAGCCAAUGGCCAAGCCCUUUCAGUUGUUUCUGACUUCAUGGUAAACUAUUUGCCCACUGGCAACAUUAGCAACCAGUGGACAAAUAGUUAAAAACUGCCUUUGGUGGUCAUCAUGGCCUCCACAUUAGUAGAAGAGUUUUUUGUUUUGUUUUUAUUGGGGAGAAGGACUUCUUUUGAGGGUUGACAAUGGCAUGUCCACCCCACAGUAUUUUCAAUUAGAGCCCCCACCUGCUGCCCAUGGUUGUGGGUUGGGGGGACAUUAAAAUUCUCCCCUUCUAUGAAUGUUAGAACAGUCACUCACAGCCGUUUAAUGGGGCUGCACAAAAUAGUAACAUGUAAAAAAGUAAUCCUUCUUCACCUAUGGAGGGCCUUGUGCAGAAUAUGCUUUUAUAGUGUGGGAGCCUCCAGCUGGUUGGCCCUCUGAUUAGGUCCUCUAUUUAUUAAUAUUAUAGCCACCACCUGCCUGCCAUGGAUGAGUGCCAGGGGCAACUCCUUCUGAUGCACAGGCACUAAUUUGCUGUUGAGGGCAUGAGGGAGUUAUAAAACCUACCCUGUACUAAAGGUAAUCAUAUCUUUUUUGGAAGAAAAAUAGAAUGGAUAGAUAGAUAGAUAGAAUUAAAUAGAAUAGAUAAUAUUAGAAUAUAUACACUGAUCAGCCACAACAUUAAAACCACCGACCGGCAAAGUGAAUAACAUUGAUUAUAUUGUUGGAAUGGCACCUGUCAAAGGGUGGGAUAUGUUAGGCAGCAAGUGACUAGUUAGUUCUUGUAUUUCAUGUGUUGGAAGUAGGAAAAAUUGAAAAAAUGAAAAGAUCUGAGCGAAAUAGUGAUGGCUAGACGACUGGGUCAGAGCAUCACCAAAGCAGCAAGUCUUUGGGGGUUUUCCCAGUAUGUAGUUGUUAGUAUCUACCAAAAGUGGUGCAGUGAAGGACAACCGGUGAUGGGCGCCCAAAAUUCAUUAAUGCACGUGGGGAGUAAAGGUCCAUUAGGUCUGAUCACUCAGACCAGCUACUGUAGCUGUAUUGGUAUUGGUCCCAAAUACCACAGGACACAUUCAGAGGUCUUGUGGAGUCCAUGCCCUGAUGCAUCAGAGCUGUUUUGGCAAUACAAGGCAGUACAAGGUGGACCUAUAUGAUAUUAGGAAGGUGGUUUUAAUGUUGUGGCUGAUCAGUGUUGGCAGGGCACAAAAUUUCUAUGUCCAUUGGUGACUGAAAAUUGUGGAAAAAUUCACCCCCUUUAAAGCAUUGCUAGUAGUAUGGGACUUGACAUUUUAAGCCUUGAUAUAGAUAUAUGUAAUUAAAUCAUUAUCUAAUUAUCAUUAUAUCAAUGACAUUGACAGUAUUGUUAUGGGCAAAUGCAAAUAUUACAAGUUUUAGAAUGAAAUGUUGUAUUUCUUAAACUGUGUACUUUGUCUUUAAGAGAUAUUGCAAACUGACAAGGCGUUAGAAAUGGAACAUAUUGUUUUUCAUAACGGUUUCUUUAACCCCUUCGAGACCGAGGACGGUUCAGGACCGUCAUCUGCAUUUUUGCGUUGCCGACCGAUGACUGUCCUGAACCGUCCUAACGGUCCUAGUUACUUAGCUGAUCGCCGUCGUUCCCCCGGCGGCGAUCAGCGUGGCUCCGGUUGUGGGGAGACUGCCUGCAGCCCAGACAGUCUCCCCACACUGAAUUAGGACCCCUGUGGCCAUGUGAUCGCUUAACACAGCGAUCACAUGGUCACAAUAGAUGUCCUAGUGUCUGCCUGCAGGGGGACUGCCUGUGCUGACAGGCAGUCUCCCUGCUAGUGUAAAAUCAAAAAAUAAAAUAAAGUUAAUGUUAAUAAAAAAAUAAUAAUAAUUAUAUAUGUGUAUAUAUGAUAUAUAGACAUAUAUUAUAUCUUUAUAAUAUAUGUCUAUAUAUCAUAUAUAUAAUGUCAUACUAAGUGUAUUUUUAUAUUAAUAUGUACUUAUAUUAAUAUAAAAAUACACUUAUAAUUAAAUUACACACGUAUAUAUAUAAUAUAUAUAAUAACUAUAUAUAUUGUAUAUAUAUAUUAUUAUAAAAUAUAAAUAAUAAGUAAUUUAAAUUAAAUAAUUUUUUUUUUAAAUAAUAAUUUUUUUAAAAAGAAUUAUAUAUCCAUAUGAAAUUUUAUUCUAACUGUAUUUUAAAAUUAAUAUAUAUAUAUUUAUAUCAAAAUACACUUAGAAUGAAUUUGUAUAUAUAUCUAUGUAUAUAUAAAUAAAUAAAAAUAAUACGAAAUAUACAUAUGUCCAUAUACAAAAUUACAUAAAUAAUUAUAUAAAUAUACACGUAGACUUCAAAUAUAUAAAUAUGCAUAUAUAUUUAAAUUCUACGUGCGUAUUUAUGUAAUAUUUUUACAUAAUUCAGUAAUUUUAUUGAUUGCAAUUUGAGGGACCUGCCUGCCAACCCAGGCCGAAAUUCCAGAGAAUUUAAUUUGCUAGCACUGUAUUUUACCCUGUAACGUUCUACGACACCCUAAAACCUGUACAUGGGGGGUACUGUUUUACUCGGGAGACUUCGCUGAACACAAAUAUUAGUGAUUCAAAACAGUAAAACAUAUCACAGCGAUGAAAUUGUCAGUGAAAAUUACUUUUUUUGCAUUUUUCACACACAAACAGCACUUUUACUGAUGAUAUAAUUGUUGUGAUACGUUUUCCAGUUUUUAAACACUAAUAUUUGUGUUCAGCAAUGUCUCCCGAGUAAAACAGUACCCCCCAUGUACAGGUUUUAUAGCAUUUUUGAAAGUUACAAAGUCAAAUAUAUGGGUCAAAUAUUUUUACAUUGAAAAUGGCCAGGUUAGUUACAUUGCCUUUGAGAGCGUAUGGUAGCCCAGGAAUGAGAAUUACCCCCAUGAUGGCAUACCAUUUGCAAAAGAAGACAACCCAAGGUAUUGCAAAUGGGGUAUGUCCAGUCUUUUUUAGUAACCACUUGGUCACAAACACUGGCCAAAAUUAGCGUUCAAUUUAGUUUUUUUACUUUUUUCACACACAAACAAAUAUGAAUGCUUACUUUGGCCAGUGUUUUCGACUAAGUGGCUACUAAAAAAGACUGGACAUACCCCAUAUUGAAUACCCUGGGUUGUCUACUUUAAAAAAAAUAUGUACAUCUGGGGUGUUAUUUAGAGAUUUAUGACAUAUAAUAGUGUUACAAUGUCACUAUUGAUAAAUUUUAAAAAUGUAUGUUUUGAAACCACAAUAUCCUACUUGUACCUAUAGCCCUAUAACAUGCAAAAAAAAAGCAAAAAAGCAUGUAAACACUGGGUAUUUUUAAACUCAGGACACAAUUUUGAAUCUAUUUAGCAGUUUUUUUCAUUCGCUUUUGUAGAUGAGUAAAAGAUUUUUCAAGUAAAAGUAAAAAAACAUGUAUUUUUUUCAAUUUUUCAUCAUAUUUUUUUAUUUUUUUUAAAUUAAAAUACAUGAGUUUAUAUAAAUAAUGGUAUGUAAAGAAAGCCCCUCUUGUCCUGAAAAAAACAAUAUAUAAUUUGUAUGGGAACAGUAAAUGAGAAAGCGAAAAAUUACAGCCAAACACAAACACCACAAAAGUGUAAAAAUAUGCCUGGUCGCAAAUGUACAACAUCACAAAAAAGGUCCAGUCCUUAAGGGGUUAAGCAAUAACCUCAGUGCAUAAUAUGUUUGCGCCAUUUUGUCCCAGACGAAUUACAAUAACAAUAAUGCAUAAACAAGCUAUAAGGCUAUACUACGACUCUUUCAAUACACAAUAUACUGUUGUAACCCCAAGUUAAUGGAACUACCCCAAAUCCGGGAAUCUUCCACGACCGUGCACUUACGACUUAGUAUAAACAACAGAUAAGCUAUUCAGACUUUAAGAUGCCAUCUUGAACUAAGUCAAGAAAAUUUCCAUGACGUAUACACCCUUUAGUUAUGACCUUGUAUGUUUGCUAAGUUAAGGGAGGUCCUAAAAUGAAUAAAGUAAAAGAAGUGUUACUUUUUCAAAUAUGAACUACGGUAACCCUAAAAUGGAGACACCUAAGGUAUAAAUAGGUGUACUUUUAAAUGUUAAAACACAGAGGAGAGACUUGGAGACAGACGCUGCUCCAUCUUAAAAUGGCAGAGAGGCUGACAUGAUGACAUGUUCAGAAUUAACCUAUUAAUGAUAUUUGCAAGCAUUUAGUUUAAUCUUAUAAACUCUGCUAUAAUGGAUUUUAUAUUUAUAUUUUUAUGUAAUAAAUAUCCAAAAAGACAAAACUAUUGCUUCCAAGACAAUCCUUAUUUUAUAUUGUAUUCUCAAUUACUUAUAUAUGUUAAAUAGAGGAUCUCUUACUAACUAUAUAAAAUUAUGGUUAAGAUAUCUGUAUGGUUAGCCCUACUAAGUUCUAUGCUUUAAGACAUUAUAGUGGUAAAUAAGGGAACCACCUGCGGUUACAGUAUUUCUAAAUAAUAAUUUGGGUGGGGGCUAGAAUUACUUAUUGGACCGGAGGAAUUGGGUGUCACUGUCCAUCUACAGUUCGGCAAUUGAAUUAUGAUCCAUGAUAUCUAGAGUGAGUCUCUGACACAUCUAUACUAACCAGCACCAGCCAGCACUGGAUCCCCUUUUUCCAAAGGUACAUUGCCUAUAAUGGCCUAAAUAAUAUAUAUACUGUCAUUGUGUGCCAGUAUCUGAAUAUCAAUGUGCAUGGGUCAGUGGACGUGUGUCAGUUUGUGUGUCUGUAUAGGUCAGCAUCUGUCUAUCAGUGUAUAUGUGCGCAUAGGUUAGUGUCAGUGUGUGGGUCUGUGCUGGUGUAUCAGUGUGUGGGUUAGUGUCUGUGUGUCAAUGUGUGCAUGGUUGAGUCUGGUCAGUGUCUGCACUGUGGCUGUGUGUGCAUGGGUCAGUGUUUGUGUGUCUGUGUGUGUGCGUGGAUCUGUAUAUGUGCUGUAUAACGGUUGAGUGUCUGUGUCAGUGAGUGUGCAUGUGUGUUUAUGGGUCAGUGUCAGUGAGUGUGUAUAGGUCAGUGUAUGUGUCAGUGAGUGUGUGUAUGGGUUAGUGGCUGUAUUGGGAAUGUUUUUGUAUGGGUCAGUCAGUGUUUGUGCAGUAGAGUAAAUUACAGAAAUUCUAAUAAAGGACACAAUAAGAGAAAAAGUAUUAAGAGGAUGAUAAACUUGAUAUUUAAAAACUUGAUUCCAAGUGUAAAACGAAGAAUAAGGGAAAUGACAGGUCUACCAGCAGCAGCAGAAGUGGAACAACAUUCAAUCAAUGCAAACAAUUUGCACAGGAACACUUGUGACCAGGGCCAGAUUAAGAGCCCAGUGGGCCUGGUGCUGACAAUUAUGACGGGCCUAAUUACAGAAUCAUAUCAACCAAAACCAGUAAAACACUCCCAAGCGUCAUGUAUCUGAUAGAGAUGGUGCUGGAGAGAAAGAAAACAGCAGCUAUAAGAAAACACAUACCCUAGGCUAAUCUCUCACUAAUUUAUGUUUUCAUCUAUCAAGUAAAUCCAUAACCCCUAACAGCAUUGUCCAGUCAAGCAGGAAGUCAAUGGGCGGGGUAAAAGGGUGUGCCACUGACACAAAUCACGUAACCUGCCAAAAGGGGCGAACAUGCCCAAAAAGAGGACAUGUCUGCUCAAAGAAUUAGAAGGCCAGCCUGGUAUGAAUGCAUGUCAGGCUGCCUGCCAAUCAGGCAGCUGGCCAACUAAGGGCAUACUAUGCAGACAGCACCCUGAACUUGGCAUAAAUGCAUCUAAUGAUGCGCUCGCUCAACGCUUUCUAAGGACUGUCCCCUAGCACUCGCUGGUCCACUUGUCUCCUUACCUUCUUACUAGCAGGCAGAAGCUCCUGGUAUAUAGUCUGUGAAGGAGAAAAGCUGUAUGUAAUGAGUAUAGAAGAAAGGGAACAUGCCACAGUGUUAGAGAGACUGAAGUCAGCAUUACCUUAAAGGAUCACAAGAGGGUCAGGAUCACAAACAUGAAUUCAUGACCCUAUAGUAUUAACACCACCAUCUAGCCCCCCUGGGCCCCUCAUGCCUCCAUAAAUAUAGCAAAAUCUUACUAUAUUCAAGCCUGAAGCUGUAACUCUGCAUGCUGUUAGACUCAUAAAAACAAGCAGUCUGCUGACAUCAUUAGAAGUGGUGGCCUGAUCCAAUCACAGUGCUUCCCCAUAGAAUUGGCUGAGACUGACAAAGAGGCAGAUCAUGGUCAGAGCCAGCAUGAUUCAAACACAGCCCUGGCCAAUCAGCAUCUCCUUAUAGAGAUGAAUUGAAUUAAUGAAUCUCUAUGAGGAAAGUUCAGUGUCUGCAUGCAGAGGGUGGAGACACUGAAUAUUUGGAUGCAUUUUAGGCAGCCAUGACCCAGGAAGGAUCUCUAACAGUCAUCUAAGGAGUAGUCAGUGAAGUUACCACUAGGCUGUAAUGUAAAGACUGCAUUUUCUCUGAAAAGACAGCGUUUACAGCAAAAAGCCUGACGGUAAUGAUUCUACUCACAAGAACAAAUUCAAUAAGCUGUAGUUGUUCUGGUGACUAUAGUGUCCCUUUAACUAUAUUCAUUGUCAGCCAGUCCACACAAGUUUUGUUCCCAUACAUCCCUCUUAAGUUUCCAUACUUAAGUAAGAGUAUGUAAAAAGUAGUUAGGGUUGCCACCUUUCUUGGAAAAACAUACCGGCCUUACUAAUUUGCAUAAUUAAAUAUGUAUGGGUGACAUCACAUGAUGUAAAUCACAAGGAGUGACAUAAGAGAAAAUUCUGUAAAAUCACCAAAAAACUACUUAGUUUGAUUCUGCUGUAUAGAUGGAUUCCUCCCAGUGCCCCCAUGUCUCCCAGUGCCCCCAUGUGUCGAUUACUCCAAGUCUCAGUGUUCCUAUGUAUCAGUGUCUCAGUGCCCCAUGUCUCCCAGUGUCCCCUAGUGUCGUGUCCCCAGGUCUCCCAGUGAUCCUAUGUAUCACAGUGUCUCAAUGCCCCAUGUCUCCCUGUGUCCCCAUGUAUCCCAGGGUCCCCAUGUCACUAGGACACUAGAAGACGGGGAGACUGGGGACACGGGGAGACCUAGGGACACGGAGACACCAGUGACACUGGGAGACUAGGGGACUCUGGCUGGGACACAUGGGGACAAUGGGAAAAUAGGGGACACUUGAAGACAUGGGGACACAGACACCAGGGACACAGACACUAGAGACACUGGCUGGGGGACAUGGGGACAUUGAGACAUGGGGGCACUGGGAGACAUGGGGACACUGAGACACCAGGGCCACAGACACUAGGGACACUAGCUUGGAGACAUGGGGACAUUGUGACACUUGAGGCACUGAGAGACAUGGAGGCACUAGGAGACAUGGGGACAGUGAGACACUGGCAGACUGGGGGCACUAGGAGACUAGGGGUCACUGGGAGACUAGGGGUCACUGAGACACCAGGGACACUGGCUGGGAGACAUGGGGACACUGUGUCCGCAUGUGUCUGUGUCAUGUCUCCCAAUGUCCCUUAGUGUCUCAGUGUAUGUCUCCUUGCAGCCUUUCCCCCCAUCCCUUACUUCCCUGAGCUGUAGGCUGUCUCUGCAGGGUGGGAGUUGCUGUCUGGACUCUCUGUAGCUGCACCCCUGCAGAUCAGUGAGUAUAGAGAGGCAGGGAGGGAUAUGCUGGAACUUCCUAUCCCUGCCUGUCUCCACACACAGUGACCCCUACUGGCCAGUGCUGGUAUUGCAGAGUAAUCUCUUGUUUAUACUGAGAAAAAUACCAGCAUUUGUAUUGCCAGUAUCACUGCAAUAUUGGCACCAGCCAGGCAGCCUCAAAUACUGGCUGUGCCAAUAAAAUAAAAGCCAGGAAUCCCUAAGAGUAGUGUGUGAAAAAAAAAUGUAAAAAUUUUUUUUUUAUUUUUUUUUUUUUUUUAAAUCAAUGGGCCUAUUUCAUGGGCCUGGGCCUGGAGCUGCAGCUCCAUCAGCCCCUAUGUUAAUCCGGCCCUGCUUGUGACAAUGCGAACAUAUGGAUGGUAUAAUAGGGGCUUAUUGUUUCUUAUUGAUUAAUAAAAUAUUUUUUAAAAAUACAGAAUUAAAGUGUAACUAUCUUCAAACUUAACCCCUUAAGGACACAUGACGUGUGACAUGUCAUGAUUCCCUUUUAUUCCAGAAGUUUGGUCCUUAAGGGGUUAAAUAUUUUUCUAAAGCAUAUAAUUGUGGCAAAUAAAUAAUUAACUGAAAUUUGCAUGAGUAAAUAUUUCCUAAUCCCUAAUAUUUACCUUUCAUUAGCUAUAUAACUGGCCUCUGCAGCCCCUUUUUUGCCAGCACUUGCUUCCUUGUUAGUGUCUGACACUGUUCAAUCCAAUGCUGCUUGUUACCAAGUGGUUCCCUCACUGUCCUAUUAUACCAGAUGUAUAUUUUAACUCCCAUCAGCUUCAGCUAGAAUCUCUAGAGUUUUAGUUUAGCAGAGGCAUGCAAAUUCUCAAACUCAGCUUGAUGGUUUCACAGCCAGGUGUGGCUAGAGCUGCAUUACAAAAAGACUUGUAAAUAACAGAGAAUAGAGAACUGAGGAUGCAGAGGCAUGAUCUUUACACCCAACGGCUUCAUUAAGCUAAAGAUGGUGCUUAGAGUGUCUUUCGUACAUAUGUAUAAUUAUAUAAUAAUAUUAAUAAUAUUUUAGCAGCUGCUCUCUUUCUUUCUGCAUGGAUCUGGCAGAAAUCUUCCUCAAUGUGCCUUUAUCUGCACGAACCCGUCUGUGCUCUGAAUCAGCCACAAAUCUCUUACUAGUGCGAUGAUCACGCUUAAGUUUUCUUGAAAUAUCUAUUGUUUUCAUACCUCAUCCAAGGCAUUGAACUAUUUUACUCUUUUCGGCAGCAGAGUGAUCCUUUUUCUUCCCCAUAUUGCAUGAAAAUGGUGCUCUGCUUAAUAAUGUGGAACAGCCUCCUUUAGUAGUUUUUCCUUAAAUUGGGCUCACCUGGCAAUCUAAUUAUCACAGGUGUCCGGGAUUGUUUUCAGUGAUCAAAAGAGUCCUGAGACACAAUGUCAUCCAUGAGUUAAACUGAAAAACUAAAUAUUUAAUCUUUGUGACACUUAAAUAGAAUUUGCAUAAUAAUUUGGGACAGGGUGUACAUAUAUUCAAUUGUUUAUCUGUCUAUUGGGCUUUCUUUGUAAUCUUAUAGCAUUAAUCAUGCUGACAUCGUAGUAGAUAUAUAUGAUAACAUUAUUUAAUUUUUCACCCAUUGUUAAUUAAGGUACAGUAUUUUAUAGUUCCUUGUACGUACAUCACUCUGAACUUAUUGGAUGGUGAGAUGCCAUCAUGAAAAAAAUGUGUAUACAUGUAUUCUUUUAGUUUUCUAAUUUUUUCCGAUGCUUUUUUAAAGUCGUGCAGAAAUGUGUCAACGUUACCUGUCCGGAAGUAAAAAACCUGAAAUGCCCCAGUGACUCAAUGGCUACUAAGCCGCAUACACCUGCUGGAGAAUGUUGUCCUACAGUGCCAAGCUUUUGUACCUGUAAUUUUAAUUCAUGCAAAAAUGAUUGUCCAAGGGGAAAGAGGAAGAUAAUGAUCAAAGAAACAAAUGGAAUCCCAGGAAAAUGCUGUGAUAAGUUAUUGUGUUUAUUGUGAAGAUCUCUGUUUCGAUUGACAGUGUUCUUAGGAAAAAUCUUCCCUCCCCCCCCCCAAAAAAAAAAUUUUUUUUUAGAUAUUCAGGGGGUGAUUAUAGAUCAGAUUUAGGGGUGAUUAUUUCUGAUGACUUAAAGGUAGGCAGACAAUGUAAUAGAGCAGCAGGAAAUGCUAGCAGAAUGCUUGGUUGUAUAGGGAGAGGUAUUAGCAGUAGAAAGAGGGAAGUGCUCAUGCCAUUGUACAGAACACUGGUGAGACCUCACUUGGAGUAUUGUACAAAGUACUGGAGACCGUAUCUUCAGAAGGAUAUUGAUACUUUAGAGAGAAUUCAGAGAAGGGCUACUAAACUGGUUCAUGGAUUGCAGGAUAAAACUUACCAGGAAAGGUUAAAGGAUCUUAACAUGUAUAGCUUGGAGGAAAGACGAGACAGGGGAAAAUGUAAAAGUCUUUUACAGACUGAAACGUCGACUGGAACGUUGUGUGGAUUUGUAAUUGCUCAAUAAAGCAACAGAUGAAAUUUACCUUGAAAGACUCCUGAGUGCUCUCUACUGGUGUCGUAUACAAUUUGGUUGGAGAUAGCACCGGAGCAUUAAAGGACCGGGAGCAUUGAGUGCUGGGACCUGGGACAUAUAUAUUAUAUAUAUAAUACAUCUAUAUAUAUUUGAUAUUUAUCUAUACACGUAUAAUUACAAUAAUAAAUAAAUAAAAUAAUAAAAUAAAUAAAUAAAAUAUUUUUUAAAAUAAUAAAAUAAAUGAUAUAUACAUAUGAAUUUGAUUCUAAGUGUAUUUUGUUAUUAAUAUAUUUAUAUUGGUAACAAAAUACACUUAGAAAGAUAUUCUAUAUCUAUCUAUAUAUAAAAUACAAAUAACCGCAAAUAUAUAUAUAUAUACAGAUAAAUAUAUAUAAUUACAUAAAUAACUACAUAAGUGUACAUGUAGACUUUAAAUACAUAUAUAUAUGUUUAGAUAUUAAAAUUCUACGUGUAUAUUUAAGUAAUAUUUUGACAUAAUUAUGUGAUUUAAUUAUUUAAAAUUUGAUUGACAUGCCUGACAACCCAGGCAGAAAGUGCAGAGAAUUUGAAUUGCAAACACUAUAUUUAACCCUGUAACUUUCCAAGACACCAUAAAACCUGUACAUGGGGGGUACUGUUUUACUCGGGAGACUUCGCUGAACACAAAUAUUAGGGUUUCAAAAUGGUAACUUGUAUUACAACAAUGAUAUUUUUAGUAAAAGUGAAAUUUUUUGCAUUUUUCACACACGAACGGCACUUUUACUGACAAUAUUUUUGUUGUAAUAUGUUUUACCUCACAUAACAUAUAAAACAUCACUAGACAACAUUUACUAUUACUUAACUUUUCUCAAUUAACCCUGAGGAUGAGACUAGAAUAGUUGGGACCCCACCACAUUUUAAUGCCAUUUAACUACCAUUAUAUUAUGUACUGUUCGGGGGGGGGGGGCUAGAUUUAGAUACCUAGAUCUGUUCUAUUUUGCACAGACAUUCUUUCAGCCUCUUCCUAUACCAGAUAUUCCUUAACUAGAUCCCAACAUGGAACCUUAGAAGACUUCCAGUUUCUUGCCACUAUUCAUUUUGCAGCUAGCAAUAUGUGUAAAACUAGUACCGAGGAUUGCCCAAAGAUUUGAUCAAUAUUUAGAUGUAAUAAAAAUAUAUCAAACUUGAUGUUAGUCAACGUAUUUAUUUUAGUGGCCAGCAUGUUCCAAAAAAGAAUUAUCGACCCACACUUCCACCAAAUAUGUAUCAACCCUCCUUUAUGGAGGUCACAUCUCCAACAUCUAUCGGGAACAUUUUGAUACAUUUUUGCUAGUCUGCUUUGAGUUAGGUACCAUCUGUUCAUGAUCUUGUACUGUACUUCAGAUAUAUUUAAACAAUGUAUAUUCUUAUAAACGAUAGCUAGUGAUCUUUUCCCUUCUUCAUAACUUAUAUUAAUAUUUGUGUCUCUUUCCUAUUUGCUGAUAGUGGGACGGAUAAGAUUUUCUGGAUCUCUUUCAUAUAAAUCUAGGUAGCUUGAGACCAGUUUCUUUAUAGUAUUUCUAUUUUUUAAUACUCUUUCGAAUUUUACUUGUUUAUCUGAUUUAUCUUUAAGUAAGUGAUCAUUAAGAUAUCCUUUUACCCUUGUAUAUGUAAAAAUAUCUUUACUGUCAAUAUAAUAUUCCGUCUUUGAAGAGUUGAAGUCUUUGAUUUUACCAUCCUUUACUAUAUCCUUAAUUUCCAUAAUACUGAGGUUAAUCCAUUUCUGUACAUUUAGAUCCAACAUAUUGCUAUUUAAUUGACUUAUGGGAAGGCUCGUAAAUAUUUUAUCUUGCAUUUCUGAAUCCUUUCUGAGCUUGUUCCAUAUAGUUAAAAUAUUAUUAAGAAUUAAACUAUUAGAAUUGAAUCUGUACGUCGCUUUAUUUUUAUCCUUGUUUAUCCAAAAUAAAGUACUUAGGUCCUCUUUCCUUUAUUGUAUAAUAUUUGUUCCAUUUUAUACCAAAUUUGUUUCUUUGGAUUAUUUAAUUAAGUGAUAAUUGCCUGUACAAUAUUACAUGCUUUCCAUGCCUGUUGUAACUGUGGAAUACCCAAACCACCUUGUCUGAUCUUUAAGGCCAGUCGAUUUGAGCUAAUACGUGGGUGUUUCCCUGCCCAAAUAAUUUUUUAUUUUUUUUUAAAUUAAAAAAUCGACUUAACCAAGGUCAACCAACUUUCUGGACAGUGCAGAGGUCCCAUGUGGAAGAGAUAACCCACUUUGGGUAGAUAUAUGGCUUAAUUAUAUUGAUUCUCCCCCACCAUGAUACCUCCACCUUCUUCCAUUUAUUUAGUGUUUUACUCAUAUCUUUCAGCAAGGAUAGCAAAUUACGUUCCAUCAUUCUAGUUGGAUCGUUAGUAAUUUCUAUUCCCAUUAUUUGGAUCAGUUUUUAUGUGGACAAUUUUUAUUUGGAUCAUGGGUCUCUAAAUUACAGUGAUAUUAGUGCAACAAUAAUUUCAUCAUAUCUUCAUCGUAUUCCUUCUGCUUUUCUGACAUCAAUUCCCCCUUUUGCUUUGCCAUUCGAUAUAUGUAAGAGCUGCAACGAAUCAAAAUGUGUCAGAAAUUAUACUAAAAUUCAUUAUACAAAAUAACAGACAUUCAAUUUGCUUUGCCAUUCGAUAUAUGUAAGAGCUGCAACGAAUCAAAAUGUGUCAGAAAUUAUACUAAAAUUCAUUAUACAAAAUAACAGACAUUCAAUACUGUCUCCUUCUCUUGUUUAUAUAGAUUCCAUACUGAUUGUGGCAUGUACCAAGUUAUUGCUAGAUGUUUCUGGCAUUUGUAGUGAGAUGCAGGGGCAUAAUGCACCAAAACUGAUUCAUUAAACUAAAGUUGCUUGCUGUCUAUAGUAUCCCUUUAAGGUUGGAAUUUGGGUUUAAAGGGAAUUGGUGGUUACAAUAAGAUUUGUAUCUGUUUUGUUAGUUGUUGAAGUUACUUGAUAACAAUUACAAAAAAAUAAAAACCUACAGUGAUGGAAAGCAAAACUAUGCAGUCUAAAUGUGUGAAACUACGGGAGGGUAAUUGACAAUUCUGCAGCUUCUAAUAACGUUUUUACCAUUAGCCUAAUCAGUGGUUCCCAACCCAGUCCUCAAGUACCCCCUAACAGUCCAAGAUUUAGGGAUUGCCAAGUUGUGUCUGAGGUGUUUUUAGAAAAAAACAAAAAACAGGGUAAUCCUUAAAUCCUGGACCGGUAGGGUGGACUUAAGGACUGUGUUGGGAACCCCUGGCCUAGAUGACUUUUAUUAUGUCAAUUUAAGCAAGACCCAUGCUCUAUAACUAGGGUCAAAAAUAUCAAUUUUUAAUUCAUGGGGCUUUGAUCUGUUUAUAUAGGCAUACAUUUUAAUGAAAUAAGGGGCUUAUUUUACCACAUAUGUAUUAUUUGCAAAAAUUAAAGAAAAUACCACAUUAGAUAUGAUGAGGCCACAGCAUAAUGACAGGGAAAACAGCUAUAACUAGUCACGAUUUGAAAAUGAAUAAUAAUUUGGCAUUUGAGGCUGUCCUGUAAUCACAUUGCAAUAUAUGCACAAUAACACACCCACUCAGACACAGUAUACACACAAUGACACACACUGCAACAAACAAAAUGACAAUAAAUACACACACCCAGACACAGUAUUAUGUAAAGACACACUGUAUACACACAAUGACACACACUCCUAUGAACAAUAUACACAUCACACAAUGUUAAAUACCGUACAGUAUACACACACACAUUAUACACCCUGACUUACAUUGCUACAUACUCAUAAUACUAAACACACAGUCAGACACAGUCAAUACAAUCUUUUAAAGUAGUUUUUUUUAGUGAAUUAGGGGAAUUUCCCCUUCCAAAUGUUUUUUUUCCUUUUCCUGUUAUGUUAUGAAACAUCAUGAGGCAUCAUGUCCAGUGAUGCCACUUAUACGUUUUCCAAAAAAAGGUAAAGAGGCUACUUUUAUCAUAAUGCUGGACAAUUAUCUAAUAUAUAGUAGAUAAAGCAGAAAUUCCUACUUCCGCAUGAGAGCAACCAAAUAGGGGACAAAUUGAUAUGUCAGGUGUGGAAGGAAAAUUCUGCUUUAGCUAUAUCAGACGUUGAGGCCAGAUUGUGUAGGCAAGGAAGAUCCAGGCAAGUGUCAAACUAUUUGAAAAAAAAUGACCCCCAAGGGACUGUGUCAGAGAACUUCUGGCUCCAUAAAACUAAAGUUCACUGUAGUGAUUAUGAUGCCUACACUGACCCUUUAACAAGUUUGUAAAUAACACUUAGAAAAUGUACUCACCUAAUAGCAAUCAUUAGAAGUAUCAAGACAGACCCAAAAAUUGAUGCAACUAUUAUUGUUGUUGUUGUUGAUGAUGAUAUGGUGUUCCGGUGGUGAGCAGCAAGUUUUUUUUCUUCUUCACCUUCCAAAGGAGGAAGUGGUGGUCGAGUUAUAUACAGUUUUGGUCCUUGUCUUGGCACCACUACAAGGGAAACAACAAGAUUUCGAAUUAAGUAAAUCAUGCAGUAUAAUUACAGUUUAUUGUCAUUACAUAGUAAUAUUGUGAGAAUAGGCUAUUAGGUUGUAGCAUACACACAUUUCUUGGGGGGAGGGGGAGCAGGGUUCAGUGUUUUCAGAUGAAUUAAGUGAAUCAUACCAAAACAGGCCAAUGUCAGACCUUCUAGUUGCCUCAGCUCCUCCAAGAAAUCUCAAAAAGCCUAUUUUGUAAGGAAAAUAUAGCAAUAGUCCAUUUAAUUCUCCUCCCUACACCAUUUGUUUGGAUAGAAUGAGAUUGUAUACCUUGCACUCUAUCUUCCCACACAGUGUUCCUUUCUUCUUCUAGAUGGUAAGCUUGUUGGAGUAGGGUACCUGCCUCUUGUUUUUGGUUAAAGGAACACUAUAGAGUCAGGAACACAAACAUUCAUCCCUGACCCUAUAGUGUUAAAAUCACUAUCUAGUCCCCCUGCUACCCUUUAUUCCAGUCUGCUGAUGCCCGUGAUCUGCCUGAGGAAUAUUCAGUGUCUCCAUGCAGAGGAUGGAGACACUAAAUGUCAGUAUUGCACACUGUGCAGCACUGCCUCAGGAAGCACCUCUAGUGGCCGUCUGAGGAGUGGCCACUGGAGAUGUUUCUAGGUUGUAAUAUAAUCACUGCCUUAUCUCUGAAAUGACAGUGUUUACUGCAAAAAGCCUGCAGGGACAUGUUAUACUCACCAGAACAACUACAUUAACCUGUAGUUGUUCUGGUGACUAUAGUGUCCCUUUAAUGUUUUGGUAUAUAUUGAUUUGAUGUUUAUUGAUAAUACAUAACCAUUGUACAUCACAAUACAAUAUGCUAGCAUUCUAUUAAAAUGAUAAAUACUAAAUAAUAAAACAUACCUCUUACUACAUAAUUUAGAGUACUGAGUGGAAGAUGUUCUCCCUGUUCCGCAUUGCAGAUAUAAUUUCCUCUGUCCAUAAAACCAGCACUUUUUUUCAUCAAGUAGGGUGUAUUUGUGAGUAGCAACACCUUAUUUUCUUUUUCAUGGACCUUAAAAAAAAAAUUUUUUAUAAAUGUUAUGUGUUACCCACCUAUCCUCUCCUGACAAUGCUGUAUUUUAUUAAUUAAAAACAUUUCAUUCGCAAAGCAUAUUGAUGGUAGUUCAGGUGAUUUUUAAAUCACCAAUAUAUCACAACAGGAGCAACUAUGGAACUUUGCAAUCUGGGAAGGAAAGGGUUAAAAAAUAUAGUCAUAAAAAAUAAUAAUAAAUGUUAACCCUUUUAUGGCUGUGCAUCAAAAUAUUAACAUGGUUAUUCACUAAAGUCAGACUUCAAAGUGUUUUUUUGUUAAUUUCAAAUUCUAUAUAACCAAGCUUCAUUUGUUUCUUUUUAACAACUACAAUCUUUCUCCUUUAUUGCACCAAUAUAUGCUAAAUACCAUUUUUAAGGGAUAAAAAGGAUUUAAUAUGAUCUGACAUAUACAGGGGCGUACCUAGAGCAUUUGGCAUCCGGGGUAAAAAACAACCAAUUUUUUUGUGUAUAAAUAUAUUUAGCACUGAGCACUGUUUGUGUGUUUGAAUGUAUGCAUGUUUUUGUAUGGAGCAUGUGUGAGUGAAUGUAGGGGUGUGUUUGUAUGUAGUGUUGGCGUUUGAAUGCAAGCAUGCAUUUGUGUGUUGUGUGGUAUUUGAAUGCAGUGGUAUGGUUAUAUAUAAUGGUGGGGUUUGUAUGUAGUGUUGAUGUUGAAAUGCAGGGGUGUAUUUAUUUUUCAACAUUAUUCAAUUAAGGGUUCCUAAACCCUGGAUGGAUAUGCUUCAACAUUCACUUUCAAAUUUUAUUUGGAAUGAGAAAACACCAAGAAUAAAAUCUCAAAUCUUAACAAAAAAAAUUAAUCAAGGAGGAAUGGCCUUCCCACUCAUUAAAUAUGUAUAUAGCGCUAAUAUUAUUUCCCAUAUCCAUAAAUUUCAGAUUUCAGAUUCAAGAAACCAACCUUAGUAUCAGACAGAAUCAAUUAGAACAAAAGUAAAAGAUCUAGCCCUUCUGAUUUGGGAUGACAAUACUAACUACAAGACUUAUUUAAUCCAAUCUAAUUAAAUUAUUGUAUCACAGCUUAUUGAAGAAUGGCAACGAAUCAAAAAAUUUCUUAACAUAUCCAAACAAAUUGUUGAAGGAGCGAAUAUUCGGGUCCUAGAAAGAGUCAUCCCCGAUCUAAAUGUCGCUACAUGGAGAGCUCAUAAAGAAAAAUAUAGUAAAGAUCUCCUCCAAAAUACUAGGUUGCUAUCAUUCGAUAACCUUAAGUUAAAAAUUGAUAUUUUGGAUAGAUCAUUUUUUUCUUACAUAAGAGUGAAAGGAUUUCUAAAUGAGUCUUUAUUGAGAAAGGAAGGGGAUAAUAAUAAUUUGUUAUACAGAAUUGUUGACAAAAAUGAAACUAAAUCAAUAUGUUCCAUUGCAAUGGACCUAAUAAGACAAAUGUAUUUAAACAUUUAGCCUUCAGCUAAAAAGCAAUGGGAGAAAGAUCUUAAUGUCAAAUUAUCUGACAAGAUAUGGUGUUCCCCUAUAAAAUUACUUAGAAAACAUAUACAUUGUCUAAAUUUAAACAAAACUUUUUUUAAAGUUUUGCACAGAUGGUACCUAGUUCCAACAAGGAUGACCAAAUAUCUCUGUCUAAUUCCCCCCUGUGUUGGAGAUGUUUAACUCAGGAGGGAAAUAUGUUGCAUAUCUGGUGGGGUUGUUCAAGGAUAUGUCCUUUAUGGGAAUCAAUUUAUAUUUUUUUGUCACAUUUAAAUAUUAAUGUUAAAAAAUGACCAGAAGCAGGUCUACUCCAUAUUAAUUGGGGCAAACUUCAAAGGGAUCAAUUAAUAUUGACUAUUCACAAAAAAUUGGAAACAAAUAACAACGCCAGAUAUGAAACAGUUUCUAGCUCAACUGUUAUUUCAGCUUGAGAUGGAGAGAGGAGUUGCAUAUUCAAAUAACAACUGUAAAUACAUUUAUCAUUUGGAUAAAUGGCUAAAAAAGAUUAAGAUAUAGCCUAAUAAACAUGUAUUCUCCUUGGAUUAUCAGAUAACACAAGUUUCUCUCAAACUCUUUUCCUUUUUCUAUAUACAAAGAUACCCACUAAUAACUGAUGAAUGUUUGUUAUGUAUGUUAAGUAAGUUUGGUAAGUAGUGAUGUCCCGAACGGUUCGCCGAACGGUUCGCCACAAACGGUUCGCCGCGGACUCAUCAUUGAGUAAACUUUGACCCUGUACCUCACAGUCAGCAAACACAUUCCAGCCAAUCAGCAGCAGACCCUCCCUCCCAGACCCUCCCACCUCCUGGACAGUAUCCAUUUUGAAGCUGCAUUCUUAGUGAGCUGUCCAGGAGGUGGGAGGGUCUGGGAGGGAGGGUCUGCUGCUGAUUGGCUGAAAUGUGUCUGCUGACUGUAAGGUAGAGGGUCAAAGUUUAGUCAAUGAUGAGUCCGUGGCGAACCGUUCAGCGAACCGUUCGGCGAACCGUUCGGCGAACCGUUCGGGAUAUCACUAUUGGUAAGUCAUGUUAUGUGUCAAUUAAAUGCUCUUUCAUAUCAAUGUUAACUAAAGUAAUUUCAUGUAUAUAUGGAUGUAAAAUUAUUUCAAUAAAGAGAAAUUAAAUAUAAUAUGAUGUGACAUAUAUAGGGGCGUACCUAGAGCAUUUGGCACCCGGGGUAAAAAACAACCCAAAUUUUUUUAAUGUAUUUAGCACUGAGCACUGUUUGUGUGUUUGAAUGUAUGCAUGUUUUUGUAUGGAGUAUGUGUGAGUGAAUGUAUGGGUGUGUUUGUAUGUAGUGUUGGCGUUUGAAUGCAAGCAUGCAUUUGUGUGUUGUGUGGUAUUUGAAUGCAGUGGUAUGGUUAUAUAUAAUGGUGGGGUUUGUAUGUAGUGUUGACAUUGAAAUGCAGGGGUGUAUUUAUCUGUAGUGUUGUAGUGUUAUCUGUAGUGUUGUAGUGUUUGCGAGAUUUUGAGAUGUCUGCACAUAUACACAUACACGGACAUACACUCAUGCAGAUACCUAUACACACAUGCAGAUACACAGUCACACACAGAUACACAUUGACACACAUGCAGACAUCGCGGCGAUGAACAAUAUAUAUGAGGGAGGGUACAAAAGAUACCACAGUAAAAAUUUUCACUAGGGGAUGGGGUAAUAUGCUGCCAUUGGCUGUCUGAUGCCAGCAUGCUGUGUUCUGCAUACUAGCAUCUGAUACACAUUUGCAUAUAAUUAACAUUAGCCACCCAGAUUUCUUGUUGUGGGCUGGCUGACACCUCUUAAUUUUAAUCUUUGUUUAGCAGAUAACCCUUCUAUUUGCUAUCCUUAUGUGGGAUUGCCGUAUUUACCAAAUAAGGUGCUCUCUGCUAAACAGCACCAUCGUGUGGUAUCUUUAAAUACUGUAUGGAAAUCUCACAUAUGGGCACCAAUUCAGGGAAUUAUCUACUAAACAGUUAAAGGAUCUAGAUUUAAAAAGCCCUUUUCUUAGUCUCAGUUGUUUGGCAGAUACAUCCCUUAUUUGUUAUCCUUAUGUGGGAUUGCAAUAUUUAAGGACACCAAAUAAGGGAGAUAUCUACUAAACACAUACACAGAGAUACACUCAAAAGCACAGAUAUACACAAACACAAUCACUGACCCACACACAUGCAAUCAUAGACACACACAGACAUUACAUACAUACACACAUUUAAUAAUUAAGAGGUCCACCCAGCCUCCCUACUUUGCUCAAGAAGGGCUCGAGUGGAUCCUUAGUCCCUGGUGGUCAGUGGUUGCUGCUGUGAUCUCUGUGCUCUUCCUGCACAGGUCCAUCGCAUGCCCUGUAAUGAUGACGGGGUCGCGAUGACAUCAUAUCCCGGCUGCCGGCUCACACGGUCACACACACACACACAAUCACAGUCAGACAGUCACACACACACACAGUCACAGACAGUCACUCACACACACACACGCACAAUCACAGGCAGACAGUCACACACACACCCACACAGUCACACACACACACACACAGUCACUGUGACGAGAGCAAUCUCGCCACAUUGCAUUGGAGAAGCCUGGUUGCUUGUCUGUUGCCUUUGGAUUAUGGCCCCAUUUUAAAAGGCUUGAUUUUCCCCUGCAAAGACAAGAAAGCCGGGUCAUUUGUUGCUUGCCCUGUUUGAGCAGUGAUACCCCAGAUAGCUAUGCCAUGGAGCCCAUUCGUAUAAUGAAAGACUAUGGGAAAGACUUUGGCUCCAUGGCAAUUGAACUGUAUGUGUGUGCUCUGAGCGCCAUUCAGUAAUAAUGUGCGCUUAGACCUAAGCUAUCUGGGAUAUGUUGCAUGUCUGUAUUUUAUGUCAUAAAUGUAACCUUGUGUAUUUUAUUGUAUUUUACUGUCUUUUGCUGCCAUGUGUUCAAUGGAGUUUUGCCUCUGUCUUUGGAGAUAAUUGGAUUACUUCACAAUUAUCUCCAGGAUAGAAGACUCUGUGGAACUGGUUUUGGGCAGAAAAAGCCAUGCUUCCUGUGGUCACAAAGGACUACGAUCUAUCUUUUGAACCACUGGACCAAUUUGUAUGAUUUUGACGUAUGUUUGUAUUUGGAGUAUGCUGAUUUAUGUGAAUGUGAUGCAUACUUUUCAAGUUAUGAAUAAUGUGGGAAAAUUGUAUUUCUCUGCUUGUGCUAAAUUACAUUACCCAUUGUGUAAGGUAAUUGAAUCACAAGCAGAGGGGAGGAAUUUGUGUGGGAGUGUCUGAGUGUAUUGUAUGUGUUUAUUGGUUGUGUUCCAAAACCCUGUGGAUGGUACUAAUGUGUAAGAAUGUGUACAUAAGCACAAUAAACCCACAGCUCUGUCCGUUCACUGCUUGACCCUCAACACAGAGCUUUGUCUUGUUCUUGGGGGGAUUUAUUGUAUGCUGUUCCAGUUUGACUGCUAGGAGUGUAAGCCUAUUCGUAUGGUUUUUCCUAUUCGGCUGUUUACGGCAUUCAUAUGGUUUCCUGUUCGGCGGAUUGGUGUCUAUAGUAGCUGUACCUGUGCAUUUGAAAGGGGAAUAUCGCCUAAAUGGUUUUUAACCUCUUGUGGGCAAAACGCACACAGCACAAACUCUCUCACUUACAGUAAGCUUGGGCUGGAGGAGGAGUGGAUUCAGUCCCUGGUGUGUUGGAGUUGGGGAAGCAGGGACUCCUUCCUGCUUCCCCUCGGUGUGAGCAGUAAGCGGCUUGGCUACACCCCCACGGCAGAUCUGGCUCUGCCCCCAAAUCUCCGUGCAGGUUUCCUGCUCCCAGCCCCUGCGUGUGUGAGCUGUGUCGACUGCCCUACUGCUAUGGCACCAGGUGAAGCCACACAGCUCACUGAACCCCAAGCCUGGCCAGCCCUGGUGGCACCCCCCUACCUGAUGGCACCCGAGGCGGACCGCCCCUCCCCCCCCCCCACCCCUCCCUUAGUACACCACUGGACAUAUAUAUAUACAUACAUACACACACAAGCCCAAACUUUGGUACUCACCCUUCACCAAUAAUCUAAAAAUCUAAAAAAAAAAAUGGUAAAGUAACCACCUGGGUGCUUCCCAAUGCCAAUAUGCAGAAAAGACUAAACAGGAGCACUCUCUGGGAUUUUUCAAAUAAGUGUAUUUAAACAAUGAAUGUUUCGACCCUCCUCAAGAUACCAUAGUGCAGAAAAUACAUUAUAUUUAUAGAAUAAUACCAAAAUGCAAACUUAUCCAAGGUGUGUGUGAGUGACGCCCAGUCCAUCCCCGCUCUGUGACCGACCAGUGUGACAUGCCCAUGUGUGACAUGAUAACAAGUGCUCACAAGUUGAUGGAAUGCGCAUGCAUGCGUCAUGACGAGAAAGCAACGGUGUCCGUAGGGAACCAAGUUCCCGAAACUCCGGUAACCCUAGUGAUUGUGCAAAUAGUGGUGACUCAAAUCAGCAUAGAGAAAAAUUGUUCAAAUACACCUAGAAAAGCACUGAAAGCACUAAAUAUGGUAUGCUGCCAGAGAGGAGAGACCACAGAUUAGGAUAUGUACAUUGUGACAAAGCAUCCCUUAUAUUGUAGACUUUGUUGCCACUAUGGCACUUAAAAUACAAACUGUAUCUGGAUACCCUGUUCAGGAGUGGGCUUGCCUGGUCUCCCCACGAGUUCUAUUCAUGAUUCCCCUGGUUCAGUGCCUUUCCCUCCCAAAAUCAUUCAACCACUCGCUCCCUGGCCAUUGUUCGUGCAUGAGACAUUGCGAGCAAGUAUUCUGCUAUGGAGCUCAAAUCGGCUAUAAGUUGUCGUGCCUCCCGGUCAUUUUUACCUACAGUUAUAACCCCUUUACCAAUGUGCCAGGAGAGCGUUUUUUUGAGGGAAGAUACCUAACAGGGAGGGAAACAAUUGCUCCCUGAGAGCCAGGAGGAAUACCAUUUACUGCGUACACAGGAGUCCCCAACAGUUGACCUGCCAAAGCACCAAACACUCCUUUUGGGCAUUAACCACGUGUGCGGCCAGUCAAAUCUUUACCCAAGUGGCGUUUGGUCAGUUCUCCAUGGAAUCCGGUUGCUAUUUGGACAGAUUGGGAGCUCAGAGACUAGCUAUCUGGGGAUUUAUGACUUGUGGGGGUUCAGUAUUGUAGUUUGUUUUUCUUUAUGUUGAACCCUCUUUGUCCGGGAAAUAAUUAGUUUACCGAUUAUCAACUCAAUUAUUUCCCAGACUCAGAGACGCCUGGGCGGGUUUAUGUGUCCAUGAAUAGAGACCCCAUGUUGGGGAUCUGUGUAUAAAUUCUGUGUGUUUGGCCUGAAAAUAAAACAGAUCUACUCCUAACAUUAAGUCUCGACUAAUGUGUGAGGGAAAGCUCUACCAGCUAUAUUCAUUACUGCGUCUGGAAAGGGAAUCCUUGGUGGCGAUACUACAGUGGUCCACAUACAUACAUUAUCUGAAGAGACUAUUCUUUUUAUUUCUAUUUACAUUUUUUUAUAUAUACGAGUGCAUUUUUUAUUUAUAUUUGUUUUAUUUAUACUUAUUUAUUUAUUUUUAUUUUAGUCACCACUAUUUGCACUAUCACUAGGGUUACCGGAACUUGCAUUCACGUCAUUCACGUCAUGACACACGCAUGCGCAUGAUGUCUGCUAGUACGCACUCGUAAUCACGUCACACACCGACACAUCACACUGGUCAGUCACUUCAGUCAUGAAGUGGGCAUAGACCGAGAGUCACUCACACACAACUUAGGUAAGUUUGAAUUGUAUUAUUAUUCUAGAAAUAUAAUGUAUUUUCUGCAAUAUGGUAUCUUGAUAAAGACACAGGAGGAUCGAAAUGUUAAUCGUUUAAAAACACUUACCGUAUUUGAAAAAUUAUUCACACAAAAAUGCAACAAAGAUUAAAAAGCAAACAGUUUUGGCAAUAAUAAUGUGUGCAUAAUUAAUGCAUCUUAAGAAAAGUAAUUCUAAAUAAAUUAAUUUAUUUGUUCUGAUUUACAGAGUUCAUAAUAUGUCUAUAUUUUAUAUAUAGUUAUAUUUAUAUAUAGUUAUAUUGGUAGUUAUGGGCAAGGCCAGUGCUAUCGCUAGGAAAACUAGUCAGUCGCCGAGGUCAGGGGUCACUGAGGUCAAGCGCGACCAGGCCCAAUGUGUACGGCUUGUCAGGGGGGCCCAUGAAUUCAUCAUCUUUGGACCACCAGGAAGUGUCCAGUUGUUUGCAAAAGCAGCAUUGACACUAGCUUACCUGAACAACAGGUGCCGUCUCUGCCGAAAUACAGUGUGUCUGGGGGACGGCUGAGCAUAAGAGGUGAGGGAGGGUUGAUAGUCCUGAUCUUCUUCACUGCUCCCUCGCGCGCACUCUGUUGUGAUGCCAGGAACCAGUAUAUGAUGUCACUCCAGCCCUGUCUAUAUUUUAUAUAUAGUUAUAUUUCAGUUUAUUUUUGGUAGUUACAGGCAAGGCCAGUGCUAUCGCUAGGAAAACUAGUCAGUCGCUUAGGGCGCAGUCAGUGACAGAACUACAGGGGUUGCUGAGGUCGCAAGUUUGACUGGGCACAAUUUGUUCGAUUUGUCAGGGGGCCCAUGAAUUCAUCAUCUUAGGACCCACAGGAAGUGGCUAGCUGUUUGCAAAAGCAGCAUAGACACCAGUUUACCUAAACGACAGGUGCGACUCUGCCGAAAUACAGUGUGUCCGGGGGACGGCUGAACAUGAGAGGUGAGGGAGGGUUGAUAGUCCUGCUCUUCUUCAGUGCCCUUCGCGCGCCCUCUUUAGCGAUGCCGGGAGUCAUAAUAUUGGCGGGCACGCACGCCAAACCCAUGCACGGUCGGAACACUCCACGCGGUACCGGCACGGAACUCAGGUGUGGGCAAAUGUAGUACUCUCCCGAUUAGAGAGGGGGCCCACGAUCCCUUGCUAAGCAUGGCUAUGGGGAGACACUCACCCAUCAAUAAGCUUAGACCGCUCAAUGUAUAUUUAUACACUACUAGUCAGACCACACUUUUCAUUAAUGUUUAUUGCUAGAAUUACACUGUUUACACCACUUUAACAAAAACAAAAAUGUGCACUGUUAUCCAUGCCUAACUAUUACUGAUCUAUGUUGAUCCAUUCGCCAACAACAGCUGUUGGGGCAUUGCCAGCAUGUAUGUAACGUUUAUUCUAUGCACCAAAAAUAAAGAAUUUAAAUAUAUUACCAGGAAAAAAAAUGUGUGUGUCAGUGAGUUUGUCAUUAGUAAUGUGUGUGUCUGUCAAAUGAGUGAGUGAGUAUGGGUGUCUGUCAGUUUGUAUCAAAUUAAUUAGAUGUAUGUCAGUGUGUGUCUGUCAGUGAUUGUGUCAGUUAGUAUGUGUGUCUGUCAGCGUGUGUAUGUAUAUCUAAGUUUGUGCAUCUGUCAGUGAGUGUUUGUCUGUCAGUGAAAAUGUGUUGUUUAAACAGUGUGUUUGCCAAUGACUUUGUGUCUAAUAUACAUUCAAAGAAAGUGUAUGUGUAUUAGUGACAGGGCCAGAUUAAGAGCCCAGUGGGCCUGGUGCUGACAAUUAUGACGGGCCUAAUUACAGAAUCAUAUCAACCAAAACCAGUAAAACACUCCCAAGCGUCAUGUAUCUGAUAGAGAUGGUGCUGGAGAGAAAGAAAACAGCAGCUAUAAGAAAACACAUACCCUAGGCUAAUCUCUCACUAAUUUAUGUUUUCAUCUAUCAAGUAAAUCCAUAAUCCCUAACAGCAUUGUCCAGUCAAGCAGGAAGUCAAUGGGCGGGGUAAAAGGGUGUGCCACUGACACAAAUCACGUAACCUGCCAAAAGGGGCGAACAUGCCCAAAAAGAGGACAUGUCUGCUCAAAGAAUUAGAAGGCCAGCCUGGUAUGAAUGCAUUUCAGGCUGCCUGCCAAUCAGGGAGCUGGCAAACUAAGGGCAUACUAUGCAGACAGCACCCUGAACUUGGCAUAAAUGCAUCUAAUGAUGCGCUCGCUCAACGCUUUCUAAGGACUGUCCCCUAGCACUCGCUGGUCCACUUGUCUCCUUACCUUCUUACUAGCAGGCAGAAGCUCCUGGUAUAUAGUCUGAAGGAGAAAAGCUGUAUGUAAUGAGUGUAGAAGAAAGGGAACAUGCCACAGUGUUAGAGAGACCGAAGUCAGCAUUACCUUAAAGGAUCACAAGAGGGUCAGGAUCACAAACAUGAAUUCAUGACCCUAUAGUAUUAACACCACCAUCUAGCCCCCCUGGGCCCCUCAUGCCUCCAUAAAUAUAGCAAAAUCUUACUAUAUUCAAGCCUGAAGCUGUAACUCUGCAUGCUGUUAGACUCAUAAAAACAAGCAGUCUGCUGACAUCAUUAGAAGUGGUGGCCUGAUCCAAUCACAGUGCUUCCCCAUAGAAUUGGCUGAGACUGACAAAGAGGCAGAUCAUGGUCAGAGCCAGCAUGAUUCAAACACAGCCCUGGCCAAUCAGCAUCUCCUUAUAGAGAUGAAUUGAAUUAAUGAAUCUCUAUGAGGAAAGUUCAGUGUCUGCAUGCAGAGGGUGGAGACACUGAAUAUUUGGAUGCAUUUUAGGCAGCCAUGACCCAGGAAGGAUCUCUAACAGUCAUCUAAGGAGUAGUCAGUGAAGUUACUACUAGGCUGUAAUGUAAAGACUGCAUUUUCUCUGAAAAGACAGCGUUUACAGCAAAAAGCCUGACGGUAAUGAUUCUACUCACAAGAACAAAUUCAAUAAGCUGUAGUUGUUCUGGUGACUAUAGUGUCCCUUUAACUAUAUUCAUUGUCAGCCAGUCCACACAAGUUUUGUUCCCAUACAUCCCUCUUAAGUUUCCAUACUUAAGUAAGAGUAUGUGAAAAGUAGUUAGGGUUGCCACCUUUCUUGGAAAACAUACCGGCCUUACUAAUUUGCAUAAUUAAAUAUGUAUGGGUGACAUCACAUGAUGUAAAUCACAAGGAGUGACAUAAGAGAAAAUUCUGUAAAAUCACCAAAAAACUACUUAGUUUGAUUCUGCUGUAUAGAUGGAUUCCUCCCAGUGGCCCCAUGUCUCCCAGUGCCCCAUGUGUCGAUUACUCCAAGUCUCAGUGUUCCUAUGUAUCAGUGUCUCAGUGCCCCAUGUCUCCCAGUGUCCCCUAGUGUCGUGUCCCCAGGUCUCCCAGUGAUCCUAUGUAUCACAGUGUCUCAAUGCCCCAUGUCUCCCUGUGUCCCCAUGUAUCCCAGGGUCCCCAUGUCACUAGGACACUAGAAAGACGGGGAGACCUAGGGACACGGAGACACCAGUGACACUGGGAGACUAGGGGACUCUGGCUGGGACACAUGGGGACAAUGGGAAAAUAGGGGACACUUGAAGACAUGGGGACACAGACACCAGGGACACAGACACUAGAGACACUGGCUGGGGGACAUUGAGACAUGGGGGCACUGGGAGACAUGGGGACACUGAGACACCAGGGCCACAGACAGUGGUGUAUCCUGGUUUUGUGCUGCCCUAGGCAGGACAAAACUCAGGCACCCCCCUCCCCCCGCGCCACCCCCACCCAACCCUUCCCCCUGCCCCACCUUCUAAAUACACAUACACACACACACACACUGUCAGACACAUACACACACACAGUCAGACACAUACACACACACACUCACACACACACAGUCAGACACAAACACACACACAGUCAGACACAAACACACACAUAGACAGACACAAACACACACACAGACACAAACACACACACAGUCAUACACACACACAUACACAGACACAGUCAGGCACAAACACACACACAUACACACACAAAGUCAGGCACAAACACACACAAACACACACACAGUCAGACACAUACACACACAUACACAGUCAGACACACACACACAUACACAGUCAGACACACACACACUCAGUCAGACACACACACACUCACACAGACGCACAGACAGAAACACACACACAGUCAGACACAAACACACACAGUCAGACACAUACACAGACACACACACACACAUACACAAACACAGUCAGUCACACACAGUCAGACACACACACAGAUUAACUUUUUUUUAUUAUUUAAAUCCCCCCCCAACCUCCUUACCUUUGGGAGUGCUGGGGGGGGGGAGGUCUCUCUCUCCCUGGUGGUCCAGUGGCUGCCGGUCGGGCGGGCGGCGCUGGCAGGCGGGCGGCUGGCGAGGGAGCACUUCCUGUGAGCUGUCUGCUCAGCUCCCUCGUGCGCCGGCUGCAGAGUGAGGCUGGGAGCCGGAAGAUGACGUCAUCUUCCGGCUCCCAGCCUCACUGUGCGGCGCCCGAGGGAGCUGAGCAGACAGCUCACAGGAAGUGCUCCCUCGCCAGCCGCCCACCCGACCGCCUGGGAUGUCAGUUAGCCGCAAGGCUAACUAGGCAUUUGCCCUGGGCAUUUGGGGGGGCGGCGUUUUUUGCCGCCCCCUGAAAAAUGCCGCCCAAGGCAAAUGCUUUGUUUGCCUCGCGGCUAAUACGUCCCUGGCCACAGACACUAGGGACACUAGCUUGGAGACAUGGGGACAUUGUGACACUUGAGGCACUGAGAGACAUGGAGGCACUAGGAGACAUGGGGACAGUGAGCCACUGGCAGACUGGGGGCACUGGGAGACUAGGGGUCACUGGGAGACUAGGGGUCACUGAGACACCAGGGACACUGGCUGGGAGACAUGGGGACACUGUGUCCGCAUGUGUCUGUGUCAUGUCUCCCAAUGUCCCUUAGUGUCUCAGUGUAUGUCUCCUUGCAGCCUUUCCCCCCAUCCCUUACUUCCCUGAGCUGUAGGCUGUCUCUGCAUGGUGGGAGUUGCUGUCUGGACUCUCUGUAGCUGCACCCCUGCAGAUCAGUGAGUAUAGAGAGGCAGGGAGGGAUAUGCUGGAACUUCCUAUCCCUGCCUGUCUCCACACACACAGUGACCCCUACUGGCCAGUGCUGGUAUUGCAGAGUAAUCUCUUGUUUAUACUGAGAAAAAUACCAGCAUUUGUAUUGCCAGUAUCACUGCAAUAUUGGCACCAGCCAGGCAGCCUCAAAUACUGGCUGUGCCAAUAAAAUAAAAGCCAGGAAUCCCUAAGAGUAGUGUGUGAAAAAAAAAAAUGUAAAAAAAUUUCUUUUAUUUUUUUAUUUUUUUUAAAUCAAUGGGCCUAUUUCAUGGGCCUGGGCCUGGAGCUGCAGCUCCAUCAGCCCCUAUGUUAAUCCGGCCCUGAUUAGUGAGAGCAAGUGUCUGAAAGUAUGUGUGCUAAUAACUGCGUGACUGUCAGGGACUGUACAUCAGUGUAUGUGUACCACUGAGAGCGUAAGGGGGACCCUUCUUUGAUUCUUGCACUGGGGCCCUGCAAUUUCUAGUUAUGCCCAAAGGUUCAGCAUUCCCAUCAGGGUGUCUUCCCCAUUAACCACACCAAACUGCUCCCAGGAUGCACUGUUGUAAUCAGAGCAGGCAGAAUUAAGAUUGGCUUAAGUUCACAGGAGACGUGACGACCUGAAGCUGAGUAAGCAAGCUGAGUGUUACAGGGAAUCUUAAUACUGCCUGCACACAACAACAGUGCACCUUACAGGCUGCGAUAAAGAUCCCGUGUCAGCUGUCUGUCACAUUCAGCUAGCUCAUUCACCUCCCACAAACAUCACCCAAUCCAUUAACAGGAUUCAGGUCGCCAGCCAAUGAGACGCAAGCUGAGCAACAUCUGACUGCCUCUCUGCUGUUUCUAACUGGAUGGCUGCCUACUUCCCUAAACUAAACUUGACCAAAACUGAAAUUCUGAUCUUUCCUCCCUCAAGUGUUGUUACUCCUGUGUCUGUCUCAAUCCAAGUCAACGGUGCUACCAUCAGCUUCACAAUGCAGGCUCGCUACCUAGGUGUUCUCUUUGACUCCGACCUCUCCUUCAAGCCUCAUAUUCAAACUAUCGCCAAAUCCUGUCAUUUCCAUGUCAAAAACAUUGCGCACAUCUGUCCCUACUUAACACCAGAUGCGACUAAGGUGUUGGUCCAUUCCACUGUCCUUUCUCGCCUUGAUUAUUGUAAUCCACUUCUCAGUGGUCUUACGUGCUCCCAACUAGCGCUGUUACAGUCCUUAAUGAAUGUGGCGGGAAGGCUCAUCUUCUUGUCUGCCCGCACCUCCCAUGCCUCACCCUUCUGUCAAUCCCUACAUUGGCUUCCUAUAAAAUAUAGAGCUCAAUUUAAAAUUCUGGUUCUUGCUUUUAAAUCUCUACAUAAUGCUGCUCUCACCUAUCUAUCCUCCCUUAUACACAAAUAUGUCCCAUCAGGCCCUUACAAUCUGCUGAAGACUUGCGUCUAUCUUCUGUCCGUACUCCCACCUCUGAUGCUAGCCUUCAAGACUUCUCGAGGGCUGCAACGUUCCUAUGGAACUCGCUUCCUUCCUCCGUUAGAUGCUCACCCAGUCUCCACUCCUUCAAAAAAUCAUUAAAAACCCACUUCUUCAUAAAACCGUAUCAAUUAAACUGUUAAUAGCUCCCGACUGAUUCCUCCUCUGCAACUGUCAUUAGUCUAACACUAUCCUUACCUUUUUGUGUCAUUUUACCCCACUCCCUCUAGCAUUUAAGCUCAUUGAGCAGGGCCCUCAGCCCCUAUGUUCCUGUGUGUCCAACUUGUCUGGUUACAACUACAUGUCUGUUCGUCCACCCAUUGUAAAGCGCUGCGGAAUUUGAUGGCGCUCUAUAAAUAUCAUAAUAAUAAUAAUAAUAAUCAGUUCCUCCUACUGAGUCAACCCCCACACAAGGAGCUAAAGGGAGCCUCCUGCAGGGAAGUGAGAAGGAGAUCAUGCUCAUGUUAUUAGAUCAUGCCUUGUUAUAAAUAAUUAAAUGGCUACUGCCACUUGGAAAUUAUUAUGAGUUUCUACCUCGCAAUGGUUUCUGUACCCUAACGUGUCAUGGAAAUUAGUAUUUUGUGUGUUUGUUUUAUAGUGGCAUUUUUUUUUAUUAUUCCUACCAGCACUGUAACAAGUCACCUCUCACUCCCCCCACUUUUUCCCAGUGGCAGCGCUUGAAGGAAGUGAUCUUGUGUCAUGAAAUUUGCUGGUGGCAGUGUGUGCAAGGGGUACAGUGUGUGGGGGGCAGUGUGUGUGAGGGGUACAGUGUGUGGGGGGCAGUGUGUGUGGGGGCAGUGUGUGUGGGGACAGUGUGUGUGGGGGGCAGUGUGUGUGUGAGGGGUACAGGGGUACAGAUGUGUGCUACUAUUUUGUAAAACCCCAUGUUGCGUUCAGCUACAUCUUUUGAGUACAAGGAUACCCCCAAUCAGGGCCGCCAUCAGGGCAUGAUAAUCAUGUCAGUUGUCAUGGGCCCGGUGGUCCUGAGGUGUCCGGACUGCUCUAGGAGUUCUGGGCCACACGUUGCCUAAGUACACAAAUAUAGCGAUUUUUGCUAUAUAUGUGUACUUGCGGGCCACCAGCUACCUGUUCUUUGUAGAGGGGGCCCACAGAACACUCUCACUUCCCUUCCCAGCAGCUCCUCAGUCAGGCCGUCACCUGGCAACAUUCCACGCGGCACACAGGCCAUGAGAGUUAGACAGGGGAGCUGCUGGCAAGGGAAGUGAGAGUGUGCUGUGAGCGAGAGUGUGCUGUGGGCCCCUUUUGUAGAGUCCAGCAGGGACCAUCAAGGAACGCAAUCUCCCCCCUCACUGGCCAGUUAAGAAGCAGGGAGGGGGGACUAAAAUAAAAGGCUGGUGCAGGGGUUUUGUUGAAGGGGGCAGUACAGGGGUUUGUAGCAGGGGGCAGGACAGGUGUUGUGUAGGAUGGGGGCAGAGCAGAACAGGAGUUUUGUAGAAGCUGGAUGUCAGAGGAUUUACAAAAUUUACCCCUGUCCUGCCAACUAUGUCCUUGCACUCAGACCAACCCAAUUACUUGAAUGCCGGGUGUACUUCUAAGCCAUAGCCAACAAAAAUACAGUAAUGAAAAAAAAAGGCUUGCACUCACUUUCUUUAUUCAGAGUUAUUCCAUAAAAGCAUGAACCUUUCAGCCCUCGUCCAGGGCUUUCUUCAGGAUCAACUAACAAUACAUAUUUGACACCGAGUACUGUAUUAUAUAGCCCAUAAGAAGAGAAAUUAACUCACCACAGGUGAUUGAAGUCAGAGUAUCGGCGUCCCACGAGCCAUGUGCGCAUGCGUCUCAUACCCGGAAAUAGAAAAAAUAGCGCAUAACCUGGUUGCUGUAGUUACAUGCUGAUGCCAAGAGCACCAUAGUAACAUGAAACAUAAGCAAAGCGUGUAGGGUGUAUCAGGGGAAUAAAGAUCAAGAUCCCCAAAUAUAUAAGAGAUAUCUUCUAUAACUAAUACGCCCAAAGAAGUGUGAAAUAAUUAAAACCCGAUAUUAGGGGGAAGAGGAUGAGACUCAAGGUCUAACUAUAUGUGCCUAGGCUGGAUAACAAACCCCUCCAGAAUUCCAAUUAAAGUAAAAGGUGCUAGACACGCUAGAUCCCCAAAUAUAUAAGAGAUAUCUUCUGUAACUUAUACACCAAAAGAAGUGUGAAAUACUUAAAUAUACUCCUGUGCACCGGCACCCGUAUAUUCUCUGCAAUAUUGCAAUGUUAUAAUGUUUUUUUGCCCUAUAUGAUUUUUUUUUUCUCUUGGUAACAUCAGGUAUGAUCAGCAAGGCCGCCAUCAGGGGGUGACAACCAUGACUGUUGUCACGGCCCGGCGGGCCCUGGGGGGCCCGGUCGCCCGCGCCCCACGUGUAGCGGCGGAACUGCCGCCGGUGCAGUUGCACCGGGGCCCGCACGCUGAUGGGGCCCAUCGGGUGGUCCAAGUGCGCGGGCCACCCGAUGGGCCCUAUACCUUCAGGGGCCCGGUCAGCACUAUGGCCGUGUAAUAGCGCGACCGGGCCCCUUUUAAAAAAAAACGCAGCAAGUACUGCUGGGAAAAAGUGGUCACUUCCUCCCAGCUCACUCCGUGCGGGAGGACCGCCAGACAGGCUGUGAAAAGGGAGAGCCAGCCGACUCCUAUCAGCAACAGACACCCUCCUGCAACAAAAAGCUAAGAGACAGAAGGGCAGCUGGAAAAUGAGCUCUGUGUGUGUGUGUGUGUCUGUAUGCAUGUAUGUCUGUAUGUCAUUAUGUCUGUAUGUAUGUCUGUAUGUAUGUCUGUAUGUCAUUAUGUCUGUAUGUAUGUCUGUAUGUAUGUCUGUAUGUCAGUAUGUAUGUAUAUGUCUGUAUGUCUGUCAGUAUUGUGAUAAGGUGAAUGGGGUGGUCUGUGAGGGAGUUUAUAUUUCGACUGAAUUGUUCAGAGAGGCAUAUGAACUGGACUGAACCGUAGGGAAUCCACUCAGCACUCCAAAAGGUAAGGAGGCUGGGGGGAUUAGUUUUUAAAAAAACGUGUGUGUGAGUGUUAGUGUGUGUGUGUGAGUGUUAGUGUGUGUCUUAGUUUUAGUGUGUGUGUUAGUGUGUGUGUUAGAGUGUGUGUUAGUGUGUGUGUGUGUGUGUGUGUGUGUGUCAGUGAGUGUGUCUGUUAUUGAGUGGGUGUCUGCUAGUGAGUGUCAGUGAGUGUGUUACUGUGUGUGUCUGUUACUGAGUGUGUCUGUUAGUGAGUAUGUUUGAUGUCUGUUAGUGCGUGUGUAUUUGUCAGUGAGAGUAUGUUUUGUAAGUGAUGUCUGUCGCUGAGUGUGUCUCUGUCAGUAAAUGUGUGUGUCUGUUCGUGAGAGUGUGUGCCUUCAGCACUUACCUUUCUCCAGGCCGGAAUCGAUUUGCGCUGGGGAUCCCUCCACCUCUCAACUCCGAAUGCGCAUACGCGGCAAGAGCCGCACGCAUUCAAACCGCCCAUAGGAAAGCAUUACUCAAUGCUUUCCUAUGGACGUUCAGUGUCUUAGAAUCACAAAAGCUCCUCUAGCGGCUGUCAAUGAGACAGCCACUAGAGGUUGGAUUAACCCUCAGUGAAACAUAGCAGUUUCUAUGAAACUGCUAUGUUUUCAGCUGCAGGGUUAAAACUAGAGGGACCUGGCACCCAGACCACUUCAAUGAGCUGAUGUGAUCUGGGUGUCUGUAGUGGUCCUUUAAGUGUGUGUGCAUCUGCAUGCACUGGAGUACAUACCGCGAUCGCAGGGGUCGCAGCCCUGCAACCCCUGCGACCAGGUGCCCACUUGCAGAGUAAGCGCGGGUAAGGGGGGGAGGGGAAGAGGGUGGCCCACGGAUCAUUUUUCGCACCGGAGCCCCAUGGGUCAUGUGUACGCCACUGGGUCCAGACCAGGGUUUGGAAUGUCUCCAACCCACUGCUCAGCUGCAGGUAAUCAGCUGCAGCAGUGGGAAUAAACCCCUCCCUGCUAGGCAGGUAGGGUAGAAUGUUUGUUUCUCUCUGGAAGGCUGGAAGCAGCAGGCUGGCUAAACACUGGAGUGGAGAGAGCUGACAACGACACUAGGUUGGUGAAACCAAUAUUGUUUUGUUAUAGUUUAACCCCUGAGAGAUAGGGAAUCUGAUGUUAGUUAGUGCUCAGACGAGCUAGGUUUUUUUUUAUAGGGAUUUGUGUUACAUUAUUGUUUUUUUUUCAUCUGCCACUGUCUCUGUAGUGAAGCUCAACAAUAAAGUGCCUGGAAUUAAGUUACUUUUAAAGACUGUGCAUGUUUGUACCCAAAAGGACCAUGCUAACUGCAGACAGGGAUCACACUAUGUAUGUAUAUAUGUAUACAUGUAUGUCUGUAUGUAUUUCUGUAUGUAUGUCAUCAUGACUGUAUGUCUGCAUGUCAGUAUGUCUGUAUACAUGCAUGUAUGCCAUUAUAAAUGUAUGUAUGGAUGUCAGUGUAUGUAUAUAUGUCUGUAUGUAAUUUUGAAUGUAUGUAUAUAUGUGUCUGUAUGUCCUCAUGCAUGUGUGUCUGUAUGUAUGUUAGUAUGUGUCUGUCUGUCACUUUGUAUGCCUGUGUGUCUGUAUAUGUGUGUAUGUCUCAGUAUGUGUGUCAGUAUGUAUGCCUAUAUGCAUGUAUGUCUGUUUCAGCAUGUGUGUCUGUUAGUAUGUAUCUGUGUGUGUGUAUCUGUGUCCUUUUGUAUCAGUGUUUGUGUCUGUGUGUGUGUGUGUGUGUGUAUUCCUGUGGGCGGGAUUGGAGGUGGGCCCCAGGGGGCCCAGACCCUGAGCUGAGUUAGAGGCCCCAAAAGCUAUAGCAUUCGUUAUACCAUUACAUGCAAGACACCAUUUGUCAUCUAUAAAAUUUCCUGCUCAUGCAGGCUAGCAUAAAUCGGUAAAACAGAUACUCCCUUAUGUGAGCAUAUCCAGGGGCACAGAUCGAACAUAAGAAAAGCUUAUAGGGAUGGCUGUACAGACAAGCUGGUGGCCAAGCAUUUUUUGGAGUUUGGUCACCCUCUUGCCACACUCAAAUUCGUGGCAAUAGACCAUGCACCACAACAUCAACGUGGUGGAGACCGCAGCAAGAUGUUGUUAAAGAGACAUUUUGGAUUCAUAAACUAAAUACAGUGUCACCUUAUGGCCUGAACAGAUUAAUAUCUUAUCACUCCUUUAUAUAAAACUAAGCUACAUCAAAUCAUCUGGUUGAAGAUAAUUAAAAAAAAAAAAAAAAUUCUUUUUGUAAAUAUUUUUUCUUUUUGUAAUUUUUUUGUAUUUUUAUUUCUUCCAGACAGGUUUUCUUCAGAUAUUGUUUUUAAAGAGAUUUUUUGAGCAAGAUCUAGAUAAAAGCAACUUUUGCUUUGUGAAGGUGUGUGUGUGUGGGUGUACAAACACUAUAUUUUUGUGUGCUGUGAGCUUGAAGACCACAUCUGUAGCUCAUGCAUGCUUAUAAUUUUUAAUUCAUGAUGUUCUACUAAACAUACUAUAUUGGGUUUAAUUUUUAGGCACUGCUUCACUUUCUAAAAGCACUACACUUCACUGUGGUACAGCUUUUUCUCUGUAACACCCUUCACCUUAGCACUUUACUCAUGUCUAGCGUCUAGCACCUUUCACUUUAAUUGGAUUUCUGGAUGGGCUUGUUAUCCAGCCUAGGCACGUAUAGCUAGAUACACCCUACCUGCUUUGUUUAUGUUUCAUGUUACUAUGGUGCUCUCGGCAUCAGCGUGUAACCACAGCAACCAGGUUACGCACAAUUUUUUCUAUUUCCAGGUAUGAGGAGCACGCGCAUGCCCACAUGGCUCGGUGGGACGCCGACACUCCUACUUCAAUCACCUGUGGUGAGUUAAUUUCUCUUCUUAUGGGCUAUAUAAUACAGUACUCUGUGUCAAAUAUGUAUUGUUAGUUGAUCCUGAAGAAAGCCCCGGACGAGGGCUGAAGCAUUGAUUAUUUUAUGGAAUAACUCUGAAUAAAGAAAAACCUAAUUUUAAUGUUAUAAGACUGUGAGUGCAAGCCUAUUUUUCAUUACGAUAUAUGUGUAUGUAUAUAUGUGUGUGUGUGUGUGUGUGUAUAUGUGUGUGUGUGUGUGUGUAUAUAUAUAUUAAAAAUGCUGUUGGUUUGCCUCUGACUCUUCCCCCAAUGUUUGCUUUGCCACUUUUCUGUGCUGUACUAGAGUGCCAUGUAAGAGACCUGGCAAUUUCAGUUUUUACAGCUAUAAUUUUUACAAAUGGAUUUGACAGGGAUGUCUCAUUUUGGGGCAAUAUAGUCGUUUGUACAAAAUAUUCUACAAAGGAAUACUAUUUGUGGAAAUAGACAGUUCAGGGUAUCUCAUAUGGAAUAUAUUAUUAUACCUAAAUGUACUGCCAUUUUCGCCAGUUUAUGUCAAAGUUUGUGAUAAUUUUGUUGUCAUUGAAAUUUAACUGGGCAUUUUUCAAUAUAUCAAUUUCUCUUAUAGGUGCCACUGUGAUCAAUCCCCCCUAAAUUAUAGUCAGUAAGCUCUUCUGAAAAAAUCAAUACCCCCAUGUAUAUGCACCAUUGACACUAAUUUACAAUACAAUAUAAGAUACCUGACAUUUCAGUGUUUACAAUACAUUUUUUAGAGAUUAAAUUGAUGGGCCUAUGCUGCAUUUUGGGGCAUUGCAGCAGUUUGACAGUUCAAAUUAUCCCAUAAAUGCAUAGCAUUUGUGAAAGUAGAGGCCACAGAGUAUGUCAUAUUGUAUAUUGUGAACCUUAUUAUACAGCCAUUUUAACACCAAUUUCUUUCAGAGUUUAUGAAAUUAUUUUAUUUUCAAAUUUGUUACAUGCACAUUGCAAUUUAGAGGUUUAUUUUGUAAACUUUAUUUGUGCUACUGUAAUAAAAAUCACUAAAUUGUGCUCAGCUAUAAAUCUAUAAAUCCUGAGUACAGAAUGACCUAAUUCAUAUACCCUUGUUAAGUUUUUUUUUUGAAAAUUCAGAGCUGAAUUUAGGUUUUUUUGGGGGGGGGGGGGUUAAAUGGCAAAUUGAAGAUGAGUCUGUGGUGCAUUUUUGGGCAUUUUUGUAGCUCACACAUCUUAAUUACUACAUAAAUGCAUACCACUUGCAAAAGUGGACACCAUGGGGACUAUCACCUGAUAUAUUGUUACCUUUAUUGAAGUGCCAUUUUUUCACCUUUUUUUUCCCCAACAUUUGUGAUAUUCAUUUUCAUUUUUCAAUUAUUAAAUACAUAUUUAAAUCUCAUGUGUCCCAUUGUAAUAAAAUUAUAUUAACAAUAUACAGCAACAUCUCCUGAGUACAAUCAGGGCCGGAUUAACAUAGGGGCUGAUGGAGCUGCAGCUCCAGGCCCAGGCCCAGGCCCAUGGAAUAGGCCCAUUGAUUUAAAAAAAAUAAAAAUAAAAAAAAAUUUCUUUUUUUUUUUUCACACACUACUCUUAGGGAUUCCACCUGGCUUUUAUUUUAUUGCCACAGCCAGUAUUUGAGGCUGCCUGGCUAGUGCCAAUAUUGCAGUGAUACUGGCAAUACAAAUGCUGGUAUUUUUCUCAGUAUAAACAAGAGAUUACUAUGCAAUACCAGCACUGGCCAGUAGGGGUCGCUGUAUGUGGAGACAGGCAGGGAUAGGAAGUUCCAGCAUAUCCCUCCCUGCCUAUCUAUACUCACUGAUCUGCAGGGGUGCAGCUACAGGGAGUCCAGACAGCAACUUCCACCCUGCAGAGACAGCCUACAGCUCAGGGAAGUAAGGGAUGGGGGGAAAGGCUGCAAGGAGACAUACACUGAGACACUAAGUGUCCCCAUGUCUCCCAGCCAGUGUCUCAGUGCCCCCUAGUCUCCCAGUGACCCCUAGUCUCCCAGUGCCCCCAGUCUGCCAGUGUCUCACUGUCCCCAUGUCUCCUAGUGCCUCCAUGUCUCUCAGUGCCUCAAGUGUCACAAUGUCCCUAUGUCUCCAAGCUAGUGUCCCUCGUGUCUGUGGCCCUGGUGUCUGUGUCCCCAUGUCUUCAAGUGUCCCCUAUUUCCCCAUUGUCCCCAUGUGUCCCAGCCAGAGUCCCUGAGUCUCCCAGUGUCACUGGUGUCUCUGUGUCCCUAGGUCUCCCUGUGUCUCCAGGUCUCCCCGUCUUCCUAGUGUCCUAGUGACAUGGGGACCCUGGGAUACAUGGGGACACAGGGAGACAUGGGGCAUUGAGACACUGUGAUACAUAGGAACACUGAGACCUGGAGUAAUCGACACAUGGGGGCACUGAGUCAUGAGGGCACUGGGACACAUGGGGCAUUGAGACACUGUGAUACAUAGGAACAUUGAGCCCUGGAGUAAUCGACACAUGGGGGCACUGAGUCAUGAGGGCACUGGGAGACAUGGGGGCACUGGGAGGAAUCCUUCUAUACAGCAGAAUCAAACUAAGUAGUUUUUUGGUGAUUUUACAGAAUUUUCUCUUAUGUCAGUCCUUCUGAUUUACAUCAUGUGAUGUCACCCAUACAUAUUUAAUUAUGCAAAUUGAUAAGGCCGGUAUGUUUUUCCAAGAAAGGUGGCAACCCUAACUACUUUUCACAUACUCUUACUUAAGUAUGGAAACUUAAGAGGGAUGUAUGGGAACAAAACUUGUGUGGACUGGCUGACAAUGAAUAUAGUUAAAGGGACAUUAUAGUCACCAGAACAACUACAGCUUAUUGAAUUUGUUCUGGUGAGUAGAAUGUAUGUGUAUGUGGUGAGUAGAAUCAUUACCGUCAGGCUUUUUGCUGUAAACACUGUCUUUUCAGAGAAAAUGCAGUCUUUACAUUACAGCCUAGUGAUAACUUCACUGGCAACUCCUUAGAUGGCUGUUAGAGAUCCUUCCUGGGUCAUGGCUGCCUAACAUGCAUCCAAACAUUCAGUGUCUACUCCCUCUGCAUGCAGACACUGAACUUAUCUCAUAGAGAUUCAUUAAUUCAAUUCAUCUCUAUAAGGAGAUGCUGACUGGCCAGGGCUGUGUUUGAAUCAUGCUGGCUCUGACCCUGAUCUGCCUCUUUGUCAGUCUCAGCCAAUCCUAUGGGGAAGCACUGUGAUUGGAUCAGGCCACCACUUCUAAUGAUGUCAGCAGACUGCUUGUUUUUAUGAGUCUAACAGCAUGCAGAGUUACAGCUUCAGGCUUGAAUAUAGUAAGAUUUUGCUAUAUUUAUGGAGGCAUGAGGGGCCCAGGGGGGCUAGAUGGUGGUGUUAACACUAUAGGGUCAUGAAUUCAUGUUUGUGUUCCUGACCCUAUAGUGAUCCUUUAAGGUAAUGCUGACUUUGGUCUCUCUAACACUGUGGCAUGUUCCCUUUCUUCUACACUCACUACAUACAGCUUUUCUCUGUCCCAGACUAUAUACCAGGAGCUUCUGCCUGCUAGUAAGAAGGUAAGAAGACAAGUGGACCAGCGAGUGCUAGGGAACAGUCCUUAGAAAGCGUUGAGUGAGCGCAUAAUUAGAUGCAUUUAUGCCAAGCUCAGGGUGCUGUCUGCAUAGUAUGCCCUUAGUUGGCCAGCUGCAUGAUUGGCAGGCAGCCUGACAUGCAUUCAUGUCAGGCUGGCCUUCUAAUUCUUUGAGCAGACAUGUCCUCUUUUUGGGCAUGUUCGCCCCUUUUGGCAGGUUACGUGAUUUGUGUCAGUGGCACACUCUUUUACCGUGCCCAUUGACUUCCUGCUUGACUGGACACUGCUGUUAGGGGUUAUGGAUUUACUUGAAAGAUGAAAAUAUAAAUUAGAGCGAGAUUAACCUAGGGUAUGUGUUUUCUUAUAGCUGCUGUUUUCUUUCUCUCCAGCACCAUCUCCAUCAAAUACAUGAUGCUUGGGAGUGUUUUAUUGUUUUUGGUUGAUAUGAUUCUGUAAUUAGGCCCGUCAUAAUUGUCAGCACCAGGCCCACUGGGCUCUUAAUCUGGCCCUGAGUACAAUAAUAUCCCAUAUGUAUAUGUUUGCAAAGUAGUCUUAAUCCCAAACUAAAUCCUUCAUCCUAAACUAAACUCUAAUUCUAAACCAAAUUAUAAUUCAAAAUCUAUCCCCAAAUCUAAUAAUACCCCUCAACCUUAAUCCUAACCCAUACCUUAUCCUAUAAAUAGUGUUAGAAGCUGUAAUGGAUCCCCUAUACUCCGGCUGAGUGUGUCCAUGAAGAAUCUCCUGAAAUCCAAGCAUAGAAGAAGUUGUAGUGAUUAUAACUCCCAAUCCCCUAAACAUGAGCCAAGACUUCACGAAGAGGUAAAGCAUUCUGUUUAAUGGAAGCCACAGCUGGCCUUUUAUGCAGGUCCCCAUGCAAGAGGCACUCCCCCCUGGACCUAAGUGGGGACAGUAACACAAACCAAUCACCCAAUGACAAUGACACCCAGGUCCAGAACACUCCCACAUAUACAGUAUAAUCCCUACUCUGUACCUGAGAGAUAAUUGGGUUAAGUUGAUGUCUUAAACUCAAUUAUCUCUAGGUACAGAAAAUAUUCACUCUUUUAUAAAUUCACAAAAAACAUUUUAAAAUACAUAUAGUCAUGUUUCAUACAACCAAACCCCCAUAGUCUACACAUCCCAGAUUGCUUGGAUCUGAGCGCACUACAUAUCAGAAAAGCAUUCAGAUCCCACGAACAUAGUCAAAUCGCCACUGGGGUGAAGAAUGGACCGACCGCUCUGCAGAUGUGUGCCCAGAAAUAGUUCCAUAGUUUCAGGGAUAGUGGUCAGUCUAGUUCGAGAGUAUUCAUACAAAAUAAAAAGGGAACCAAUCCAAAAGGAGAACAGGUUCCCUGGCUCAUAGUGUGGGUUUGUUCGGGAAAUCCCGUCAAACAAUCUGUUGAAUAACGCUCUCCUGGCUUGCCGCGAAAAGAAGCAGGCGUUAAUACACUUUCACCGGUGUUCGGGCUGUCGAUUGGCCACCUCAGAGAGAGCACUGUAUUCCUGUGGUCUUUUUGAACUUAAUGAGCCAGGGGGUGGUCGGUGUUCAGAACUUAUUCUCUUCGGAUGAAUGGGUAACAAAAUAGUAACAAAAUGCCCGAACGGUGUAGGAGAAUUCCUCUGGGGAAGGCAAAAUAGGAAUUUUGCCACAGAAGCAUUCUCUGCUAAUGUCCACAUAGGGAUUGCAUUAUGGGUCCUAAUCCUAAUCCAAACCCAAUUUCUGAAACUUAAUCCCAAACCUACAAUUAAUUCUAAAACCAUUUUAAAUCUAAACCUAAUAUUAAACCCUAUACUUAAUCUACACCUAAUCUUAAUCCUUAAUUUAAUCUUAAUCCCAAAGGUUUCCCCCUGCUAAUAUUAGUAAUGAUGCAAAGGGAAUGCUAAGCUAAAACAGAGUUAUUUUCAAUAUGACAGCUUCAUAUAUAUUGCACUGGAAAUGGUAUAUCCAAUGUAUUGCGCUCUGUCCUGGGCAAUUGACAAAGCCCACUAUUAAUCAGAAUGGCAUUGGGGCAUGGAGGGAGAUUGUCAGUUUUUGAAUUUCAUGUGUUGGAAGCAGGACAAAUUGGAAAAGAUCUAAUAGAUUUAGACAAUUAGUGAAAGCUAGACACUAGUUAAAAGCAUUACCAAAAAGGUAAUUAUUGUUGAUGCUCUUGGGAUGCAAUGGUUAGUACCUACCAAAAGUAGUGCAAGGAAGGACAACCAGUGAAUUGGUAUUCGGGUUAUAGGCACCCAAGGCUCAUUGAUGUCUAUGGGGGAGUGAGUCCAUGUCUCAACACAUCAGAGCUGUUUUAGUAACAAGAGGGGGACCUACAUGAUAUUAGGCAGGUGGUUUUGAAGUAGUGUCUGGUCAGGGUAUAGCUCAUGUAGACUAAAUCGCAAUGCACCUAUAGAAAAACCAGAGCACAUUGUUUCACGGCUAUGAUGACAAAGCAGAAUGAAUUACCAUUUAUACCAUAAUGGCUUAUAUUUUUUGCAUCAGAAAAGGCGCAAAGAGAUCCCUCAUCUCGUUAUCCUAGUAAAAAGCCGAUUGUAAACAUAGGGAGUUGCAAAAAACUACAGCAAAAAACUGCAGUGAUACAUGCUAUAGGUGGAAGUUUUGCUUCAUAUAACACUGACCGCAGUCCACUCUUUCAAAUACUUGGGUAUGAUGUUAGACCCCAAUCUAUCUUUUGGCCUGCACAUAGAAAAGCUUGCAUCUAAACUUUAUCCAAAACUAGGUGCCCUGUACAGAAACAAAGCCUACCUAAGUCCUACAGUAAAGGAAAAGAUUGUACUGCAAAUGCUGAUGCCAAUCAUUGAUUAUGGGGAUGUAGUAUAUGCAUCUGCAUCGCAAUCCCACAUUAAUAAAGUCAACACAUUGUAUAACUCGUUCUGCCGAUUUGUGCUACAAUAUAAUUACAGGACUCACCAUUGUGACAUGCUAAAAAAACUAAACUGGCUGUCGCUGGAAUCCAGACGCACCCUUCAUCUUUCCAGCCUUGUGUUUUCUGGGACACUCCCACCCUACCUGAACACAAUGCUUUCCUCAGCUGUUCCCACUUCCUAUAACCUCCGAUCCAGUACCAACACUUUACUUUAGUCUACCUCAAUACAAAAAAAAAGCAGCCCGAUCCUCCUUCUCCUACAGAGCACCGCAAUUGUGGAACGACCUCCCGCACAAUUUAAAAUCUUCCCUAAGCCUAAAGUCCUUUAAGAGAUCCCUCUCUACAUACCUCAAAACAGAAUGCACCUGUCAUGGUUGAUUAUAUAUUUCCUGCCUGUUCUAUGUUAAACUUUGUAUUUAUUGUGUAUUAAUAUUGUUUUUUGUAUUUUAUUGUACCAUAAUUGUAACAAUGCAAUGAUUUGUGGACCCAGGACAUGUACCUUUCCUGGUAAAAUAUUUUAUAAAUAAUAAAUAAAUAAAUAAAUAUACUCUGUGCAACGUCUUGUCUCAGUUCCGCAUAUAUAACCUUUAGAUUGUAAGCUCAUGGGCCUUCUUGCUAAUCACUAUCACUAUCAUGUACUUAUAUGUCUUUGUUGUAUUGUCUGCAUUCCAUCAUUUGUUGUAACACUACAGAAUAUUUAUCACUAAAUAAGCAGGUUUAGAACUAACAGUAAGGAGACUGGUACACUUUCUUGUCAAUGAUCUCAGUAUUAUAGUAUUAGUGGGUUGGUAGUGCAUUCUAGCUGGGACUUGGUAGAAGAAUAAGGAGCUUACUCCUGUAACCGGGAGUAUAACAUAAAUAGUAUGAGCUUUGGUAAGCUCUUCGUAGCUAGAAGAGAAUCCUAAUAGAAAAGGCAGGGCCAGACCCUUCCUAAAGUGGUCAAAUCAGCUCAGUGUUCUUCAAAGGGAAACCCAUAUUUAGAGCCCUGCGGCCCUCCUAAAGUAUUAUUGUAUCGAUUAAAUACCCUGUUUUUGAAUAGUGCAAAGCAAGCUAAUUGAAAAGACGUCGUCAAACUUUCACUUCAGGUUUUUUUUGUUUUUGUUUUUAAAUAUUUUGCUAUGUUUAAUUAACGUAAUGAUUUAUUUAUUUUUAAUUAUGCCUUUUUACUUUUCUUGAGAAAUUCAUUUAUUUCUGCCUAAGCAGCUGUGUUGGGUCACAUUCUAAAUGUAAUCUGACCCAUUGUUGCUUAAACUAACUUGCUGUUGUGGUAUUUGGUGCCCCAUAAUUUUUAAUAUUAAAAGAAAACAAUAUGGAUGCUGGUAGACUGGCCUGGACAUUUCGUAAUGCUGUUUCAACACAGGUCAAAGGAACUUUGUAUUUUGUAACCUUAAGAAGUAAACAGGAGGAAUACUUAUCUACAGUUUAAUUUGUGAGCUAUCUGUGUACAAGGGUAACAAGAACAAUGGUUUAUUACUCAAUGGGACUUUACAAUCCGAGAUACUUAAACUAUGCAAUUGUUUGUGUAUAAACAUCACAGGCAAUGGGUGGCGGGGCUGACGGCUGAAGUGAGCGGCCGCAUGGCGUGAGAGCUCCCGGCGGCACAAGACCUCUAAGCCUGAUAACACAAAGCGAACCGCUCGAAAAACAAAUCAAAAGAAGGUACAUUACCUCUAACACUGCUGUGAUGGCCCCUGCCAAACAAAUGAAGAUCACAGAUCCCAUCCGCCAGCAAAAAAAAGAUAGAACGCGGUCCACCCAAGAUGGCGGCGACGGACCUGCGCUAUCCCAAGCCUCAGACUCCAUACAUGAGCAAGACAAUGAGGCAGGCAACUACACAGAUGCCCCGGUCACAGAGAGAAAGCUUUUCUCCAUGCUGCAGGACUUCAGGUUAACACUGCAAAAAGACCUGAGACAAGCUACAAGUGCCAUCAAAAAAGAAAUCUCAGAAUUGGGGGAGAGAACAAACAGCCUGGAGGCCAGACAAGACGAGCUGUGCUCGGCACAUGACACGCUGGCGACAGCUGUACAGAACAUAACUGAAGAACAAAUGUCCCUUAAAAUGAAAAUGGCCGAGAUGGAAGAUCGUUCAAGGUGAAACAACGCCAGGUUCCGAGGAAUUUCGAGUAGGGGACAAGAGUUUGUAACGGUCACAAAGACAUUAAGGAACAACAACAUUCAAUACCGCUGGGGAUACCCGACCAAGAUCAUUGUCUGGAGGAACGGAAGAACACAUAUAGCAAACGAACCAGAGGUGGGCAUGCGGCUCCUAAAGGAAUGGGGCCCUUUUCCAAUAAGAUCCCCAGAAAAAACGCCACCAGAAUCGCCAAAACGCCCGCAGAGAGAAUGGCAGAUGGCGGGGUCACCCACCCUAUCUUAAGAACACAAUGGGCCCUCUCAACAAGGACUGUAGUAUUGUCUUAAAGUGACUGUCCUGUUGCUACUUACAAACUGAACUGACAAAGUGUUGUGAGUAUAAUGCAUAUGCACACAUGUAUAGAACUAUAACAAUACAAUUUUAGCAGUACACACUCGAGACAGAGUCAGGUUGAGAGGAAAAAAAACCAAAGGUUUUCAGAGAUGGGCACAACGGGAGCCGGGGAACAUAAGAGCAAAGGAAGGCCCUAGACAUCCAAAAUACUGGAUAGGUGGGUUAAAGCGGCAGUAUGCAAACAAAAAGAAAAAUUCAUAGACAAAGGUUACACUCUUAUCUACCCAAAGGGCCAGUUAUGAUAGCAACCGUUCCACAGGGGCAGAACACUUAUGAGAAAAGGGCGGCACACCUAGAUCCGAUAGAGGUCGUAGUAGCCGUGCUCUCUCCGUCAGACGAACCCCUAGGACUUGAGAGCAGAGACGGGACAGUUUGCCCGGCUCGCACUCAAUUCAGGUAAAGCGCUGAAAAAACAAAUGGCGCUAUGUAUAUACUUAAUUUUGUUACACCCCCCCGUUUUGUUACCUCUCACUUUUCCUACCCCUGGGCAACACCAACAACAUAUGCUAAACAUAACUACUCUAACUCGUACGCACCACAAAUGCAUCCUAAAAAGGGUUUAGAAUGGCUAAUGUAAUGAAAAUCUUAACCUUGAAUGUGAAAGGCCUUAACAGCCCCCAUAAGCGCAGAAUGGCGGCGCAGGAAAUGGUCAAGCAGCAAUAGUGUGUUUGCAGGAAACACACUUUUGCAUCCGGAACCCACCGAAAUUCAAUGUCAAACAUUAUAAUCAAUGGUACCACGCCUUAGCUCCGACCAAAUCCAAGGGAGUAGCCUUAUAUUUCCACAGCGAUUGGGCGUUCGCCCUCUCCAAACAAUACGCCAGACGAGAUGGGAGGUUACUGAUUUUGGUGGGUUCACUGAAUGGACUGAAAAUGACAAUAGUCUCAUUAUAUGCCCCGAAUGACACGCAGAAAGCCUUUUUAAACAUGGCCUUCCGCACAAUAGCACAACAUAGAGAAGGUCACACCAUCAUCUGCGGGGACUUUAACUGCACUCCCGACCCCUCCCUAGACAUUAGACGGGUAAACAAUGAAUCGCCAAAGCCAGCCUCCUUGGCCCUAGGCCAACAUCUCAGCACCCUUAUGCACGAACACGAUUACUAUGACACGUGGAGGAACUUAUACCCGCAAGAGAGAGAUUUCACUUAUUACUCGCCCGUUCAUAUGACAUACACCAGAAUAUAUCUAUGUCUUCUUGACAUUAAAACACUACCAUUUGAGCUAAGUGUACACAUUGGACCAAUCACGUGGUCUGAUCACGCUCCACAAAUUGUAACAAUAAAGAUCCCGUACUCGGCUAGGGGAUGAGGCACAUGGCGUCUCAACGAGCGCCUUCUCGACACUCCUGGAAACCUUAUCCAAGUACAAGCCCAGGCACAGGCUUACUUCGAGAACCACGCAAAUUGCCAGACGUCGAUAACAACCCAAUGGGUAGCCCACAAGACAGUCUUAAGGGGCGGCAUUAUUCAACUAGGGGCGAGGGCAAAAAAGCAACACAAUACUGAAAAAACACAACUAGAACGAGAUCUAAUUGCACACGAAGAGGCACACAAAUGAAAACCCACAAGCAGCACACACGAAAAAGUAACAGACACCAGAGCAAAACUUAAAGCACUUCAGUUAAUAGAAACUGAAAAGAGGAUGCGGUUCCUCAAACAAUCAUGCUACAUCAUGGGCAAUAAGGCGGGGAAGCUCCUGGCUAGAGGUUCACCAAACUAAACUACAAACAAAAAUACCCUAUAUCACCUCGGAACGAGGAGUAAAAUUAUACAAUCCCCAGGAUAUAGUCAACGAAUUAGCAAGGUAUUAUGAAUCCCUCUAUCAAUUAGACAGAGACCAUAGUACAUAUCAGCCAAAUGAAUCGGAGAUAGAGCGCUUCAUUGAACAAGUUGACCUACCAUGUCUGUCUCACGCACAAUGCUCCUCUUUCGAAGAACCCUUCUCAGAGGAUAAAAUAGCGGAAGCCAUCAAGACCCUAACCAAACACAAAGCCCCUGGCCCAGAUGGCUUAUCUAACUAUUAUUACAUAAAACUAUCCCCACAAUCCCCACAAUCCCCACUUACUAGACUCUUCAACAACAUAAAAGAAUCAGGGAUAAUGCCCAAGGAAAUGCUGGAAGCCUUCAUUGUAACACUGCCCAAACCAAACAAACCUCCCACCCAAUGCGCCAACCUACGCCCGAUUUCCCUACUGAUCGCCGACACAAAACUGUAUGCCAAACUGAUAGCAACGAGACUCAAAACAAUACUCCCGGAACUCAUUUCCACAGAACAAGCGGGUUUCGUACCAGGGAGACAGGUGGGGGACAACACACAACACUUUUUGAAUCUAAUAGACUGGGCAAAUCUAACGUCUCAGUCUGGCCUGAUUUUGGCGCUGUACGCCGAAAAGGCUUUUGAUCGCCUCCACUGGGACUACAUGUCACUGACACUAACCAGAAUGGGUUUCACCCCAAAAAUCCUGGCAAGCAUCCUUGCCCUAUACCUACACCCAACUGCCAGAUUGUUCAGCACAGGCUUCAUAUCCAACCAAAUAGAGAUAAGGAAUGGCACAAGGCAGGCCCCCUCUCGCCCCUCAUUUUCAUACUGAGCCUAGAACCCUUGAUUCGCCUCAUUAAACAUGACUCGGCGAUACAGGGACUCCACACACCAGGGGGCACACAGAAGCUGGCACUAUUCGCGGACGAUGUUUUAGUGUUUAUAACGCACCCAGAAUCCUCCCUACCACAACUUCUACACAGACUCGACACAUAUAGGCAGGUAUCUUACUACAGAAACAACACAAUGAAGACACAAGCACUGUCCAUUAAUUUGCCGAGGGCUACCGUCAUGUCAUUAAAAAUACAACACUCCUUUGAUUGGCGCAAAACCUCUCUACAAUACCUAGGGAUCAAACUCAUGAAAAAUACCCAAACCAUUAUACGGGAAAACCAUCACCCAGUCAUUCAAAAACUUAAACUCACACUCGAGAAGUGGGAGGGGCUUGAGGUGUCCUGGUUAGGCCAUAUCAAUCUUGUGAAAAUGAUGGCACUGCCGCACAUAUUGUACCUGUUCCGAACCCUGCCCAUCGCGCUACAAACAACAAACUACUAAAACUCUAUCAAAGCACCAUAAAUGCACAUGUGUGGAAGCGGAAGCCCCCGAGAGUGGCAAAGAGUACCCUAGGACUCCCAAGCACAGGUGGGGGACUGAACAUGCCAGAUAUUAAGGCUUACUACAAGGCGUCUGCACUGGCACAGGGACUUCGACUAUUGCGCCCCACACACACACUCCAAAGCCCCAUAUGGUUAGCAAUGGAGAGUGCCUGUCUAAAUACCCACGAUUUGUCAAGUUAUCUAUGGGCGGGGGGGCAAACACAAGUGGCGGAGGGAAAACAGCUGCAGAGCUCAAAAUUCUUACUGAUGGCCUGGAAUAACUGGAGCCCACAAAUUGUAGACCCCAAAAUGCUCUUCCAAUCAGCACCCCUGACAUUAGAAAUACUCUCCCCUGACCUGAAGAUGAAUCGAUGGAGGGAGGGGGGUGCAAAUAGGGUCCAAGACAUCUUAGAAGGGGACAAGGUUAAGCUAUUCCCAGAUCUGCAAAGGGAUCUACGUUUGCCAGCGAGGGAUAUCUUCCUAUACCUCCGAGUAAAAAAUAUAGUACACUCGCACAUCCGCAAACUUACCAGCCACCCCUUCACACCCCACUUAACAAUGGCACAGGUACUCUCCAACAGGCACAUAAAGCCAUUGUCAGCAUGCUACAAAACACUGAUCACCGCGACAGCACCUGAUAAGCUGUCAUACAUGACACAGUGGGAAGGGGAACUGGGACUCCAGAUCCCCACGACAGACUGGCUGACAGCACUGAAAAUCACGAAACGGGCUUCGCAAAGCAUUGCGAUCUGAGAAGCCUACUGCAAGGUUUUAAUGCCGUGGUAUCUGGUACCACAAAGACUAGCACACAUGUACCCGGGCACGUCCGGGAAAUGCUGGAGGUGCAACAUAAGCGAGGGAACCAUACUUCACAUCUUCUGGGCUUGCCCCCUACUAACAGACUACUGGGAAAAGGUUCACUCCCUCAUACUAGGUAGGACAGGGUUCACCCUGCCCAUGAAGCCAAAACACUACAUUCUUCACAUUGCACCCGGUAUUGCCUCUCAACCACACAGAAAAGUAAUCCUUAACAUACUCACGGUAGCGAAAAUAAUGUUGGCCGGCAGCUGGAAGAGCAAUCAAACCCCAGCUGCAGUCACUAUAAAUAACAGAAUGGACACGAUUAGUCAAUAUGAAAAAAUGGCAAGUAGAGUAAACGGCUGUAGUGAGAGAUAUGACACAGAAUGGAGCAGCUGGCCGGCUGAGAGUUUAAAGGCUGAAUAGGGGCAACAGGGUCACACACAGGGUCACAUCCAACAAACCAUUAUAAAAUGCAAUACGUGUUGUCUAGGGCACCCCCUUACCCCUACCUUUUCCUUCUGUAACCCAUCCCCCAUCCCCUAGUUAAAGGUUAUAUAACAAAAGCAAUGCAGAUAGCGCAACAGAUGUGCAGCACAAGUAGCUGUCCCUACCCACACCGAAAUGACACGAAACACGAGCGAGGGAUGAGUCACAUCACACGAUACAAGGGCUCCUCAGGGCGGAAAGACCAAGAUCAUACAUUCCUGGCAGCUGACAAAAAGACUCCAGGCUUACACAAGGAAUAUGUGGGGCUAAUCUUUGGAAUGGGGAAUCAACAGCUGCGCCUGUGAUUGAAAUGGCAUGUCAAAAAUGCACUGCGCUGCAAAAUGUCUGAUCAUUUGUUUUGCAUCAAUAAAAAAGAUAAAUGAGAAAAAACAUCACAGGCAAUCCAGAGUGUUUGUCAGCCAUACGAACCCAAAGUCUAAGGUCGCUUCCAUGUUUUCAGGAUAUUAGAACUUAAAUGAAUCUAUUGGAAUCAUGCAUGAUAUAUAAAUGUAAACUAAAUGUAUGAUUGCUACAGUAAUGUCUAUAACUGCAUCCUUGACUGAUUUAGGGGUAAAAGGUAAUAUAGAUAUACUAAUAUAAUUAGAUUCCAUUUUUCUUUAAGAUGAAUGUAUCAAUCAGUUAAUCAUACAGGUUAGAUUGAUACAGGAUAUAGACAUGUUGCAUUAUAAUUAAUAUAACCAACCCUGUUUUAAUUAAAGAAUAUAUAUAACCCAAGACAGAUAUUUAACGUAAUUUGAAAUAUCCCCAGUAUAGGUGAAUUAAAGGUCAAUUUAUUUAACCAGGUUAUCGAUGAUCUAGUUCAGGUCUUCAUACCUAGGGAAAUAGUGCCAUCUAUUGAUGAAGUCCCUAAGGGCCACAUUAAUAAUUAAAUAUUAAGAUACGCCCAUAACCAAUCAAAAGCUAGAUUUAAGUCCCAGGUACCGUCCAUUUACAAACAAGGGGCAGGAACUGAUAAGGGGGAAAUAAUGGUUAAAUAGUGAGAAAAAUAAGAGAGGAUCAAUAUCUUCAUAUCAUCUUAAAAAAAGAUCAAAGGAGAAAACAGAGGGCUAAGAAAGGAGGAGAUUGACUGACUAAAGGCAAUAGACUGAAUUAUAGACCAGAGCACCCAGAGAGAAGAAUCCCAAAUUGAAUUAAUUCAUCCUAGACUCUUGGUAAUGUAUAAAGGUUUCUCUUUACUUUAUCUUAAAUAAACUGGACUAUUGAAUGCCCUAUGUGUCUAUAUAAUGAACUGAUCCCUAUUGAUAGAACAGUUAUAUCUCAUUCUACCUGCAGCCUGAGUCAGAUAUAACUUCUUAAGUUGGAACAUUCUUGAUUCCUUCUUUAGACGUAGAUCAUUUCAAUAUAUAUAUAUAUAUAUAUAUAUAUAUAUAUACACACUAAGGCUAUCAGAAACCUUAUAUAAACGUACUGUAGUUAAACUGAUGGUAUAUACUUGGCAGGGUUGGUUGGUAUUUAACUAAUUAAUAUAAUGACAAUUGUAUCAUUAAUGCAAGGGGUGUCAUAUGAUUAAUUCUGUAUACUGGUAUUGCUGUGAAGUUUGUAAUAGAUUUUAUUGUCCUUUGUUGAUAAGAUUAUAGAUGAGACAAAGUGUAAUGUUGACUCUUAGGCUUGUCAAGUAAAUUUAUUGACUUGUUGAUGGAAACUCAUAUAUAAUAUAGCAAAUUGAUUGUAAUUGUAUUGUUUUGUUGCUUUGCAUUUUAUAGUGUGUAUUAUUAAAUUUAUAUAUAUUUUAAACAAAGUCUGUUUAUUGGGCAUCUGCCGUUCAUAAGUGUUUAUAUCACCGCUUAAAACAAAGAACUACAGGGUCCCUGAAGGCUCAAUGUGUGUGUGAAUAUCAUCAGAUAUUAUUCAAUCUAUAUUCCAUACAUAUAAAACCUUAGAUUACCCAACUGCUGUUGGUUCACACAGAGCAUUUACAGCAGAAGGCAAGUUAGGUUUAGAAGCAGUUGGUCAGAUGACAGUAGCCUGAACCAGCAUAACUGGUCAGCCAGGGACAAAAAGUGAAUUUUCUCAAAGAAUCUGUAUACAUCAAUAAACAAGUAUAAUUAAAAGAGCAAAUAAAUAUGCCUAACCCUACAGUGUUAAAAUCACUAUUUAGCCCCCCAGAUUCUCUCUUGCUCCUUUAAAUAUAGUACAAGCUCACCUUAUUACCAGCAUUGGAUUUGCUGAGAUUGUCAAUUCUGAUGCAGAGCGUAGAGACGCUGAACAUCAGUGCAGCACACAGUGCAGCCCUGACCCAGGAAGCUCCUCUAGUGGCCGUCUUAGGCUGUAAUGUAAGUGUUUACAGCAAAAAGUCUGCAAGGACAGGCUAUAGACACCAAAACAACUACAAUAAGCUGGUGACUAUAGGGUCGCUUUAAAUUUAAUAAACUUUUUAAAAACAAUAAGUAAAGUUUUAAGGAUUUGAUGGUGGGACAACAGAGAACAAAGGUGGGAGAAUAAGGAACCGUUGGCUUUACAGGGACAACAAAAAAUACUAUGUUUAUGUUUUUUAUUAUUAUCAUUGCGUUAUUUCAUUAUAACAGUUAUGGAAAUUGUAAAAAGUCCCUUACUUUUUCAAAGCUAUAACUGAUUGGGUUUUCCACUUUGGCAUGCCAAUACAGACUACAUUCAAAUAUGAUGUCAUCUUCCUCCUCGACUUCUAUAUAGCGUGCUAUAGUAAGAAGAAGAAUGCUGUAUUAAAUGUAUUUUUUUUUUAAAUAUGAAAAACACAGAAGUGGAGCGCUCCAAACUUAGGAGCUUCCACUCUCUAAUGACAAAAAUAUAUCAAUAAUUGUCAAAUUCCAAUCCAACACACAACUCAAUCUGAACAGAAGGCGGGAGACAAGGGAAGGCAAAAGUACCAAUCACACGUAAAUGUUUAAAGUUUUAUUUAUAAAAUAACAGAAGAAAAGAAAUGAAAACUUAAAGGAACACUAUAGGGUCAGGAACACCAACAUGUUUUCCUGACCCAAAAGUGUUAAAACCACCAUUUAGGUGGCUUGCCCCAUUCCCCCUUCCCCCCUAGUCCCUUAAUAAAACUUACUUUAUUUAGGUGGCCCUGCCCCUGGUAAACCUCCUUGCUGACAUGAUCAGAAUGUAUGAUUUCAGCCAUGGCCGAGAUCGGCAAGUUGGCAAGACGGGGGCAGGGCCAAACACUGACUUGGCCCAUCAGCACCUCUUCAUAGAGAUGCAUGGAAUCAAUGCAUCUCUAUGAGGAAUGUUUAGCGUUUCAAUGCAGAGCGUGUAUGGCAGUAAUGCACACUAUGCAGCACUGCCCCAGGAAGCACCUCUAGUAGCCAUUUGAGCAGUGGCCAUUGGAGGUAUCCCUAGGGGACAAUGUAAACAUGAAAAUGCCUGCAGGGAAGGCUUAUACUUACCAGAACAACUACAUUGAGCUGUAGUAGUUCUGGUGACUAUAGUGUCCCUUUAAUCAUAAGCCAGCCUAUAUUAAAAAAUUCUACCUAGCAGAAUUCUGCCUAGCAAAAGCAAUUCAGUGUAACACUGUUACACUGAAUUGCUUUUGCUAGGUAUAAUGUUAAUUUGAAUGUAUCCCUAGACUAUACGUUUUCCAAAAUACAGGGAGAUUAUGUUUUCAGUUAUAUAAAUCACAGUUCAGUUAACCUGACAGUUUUACUCUAUAAAGGAAAAGAGGAAAUUAUAUUUGCUUGUCUUAAAGGGAUACUAAAGGCAUCAAAACAACUUUAGUUUAGUAAAGUAGUUUGGGUGGAUAGCCCUAUGCAAAUAAUGUGUAUUUAUUUAUUUUUUUGUCUGGCUGAACAACCAAGUUGGUUAUCUGACCAACUGCUGAUAUAUUAAAGUUGUCGGGAGCAGGUAUUUCCUGACAAUUGUCCUUUACGGGUUUAUAAUACUUAAAUGUGAUUCGAUGUGUUAAUGUUUCCAUGUGUGAUUGUGUUUUUGGAAACAUUAUUAAAUGGUAGGCUGUAUAUGAGUGGCAUAUGUAAUAAAUUAACAUUGAUUCUUCCAUACAUCAAACAUCAUCACUUAGCACAGCCUCAGUAUCAUUUUCAGUUUAAAACCCUUAAGAUAAGUGUUAGAAACAUACUUCCGCAUGUUUUAAUAUCCAUCAUGCAGUCAUUCAAGCCUUCACAAUAUGUACAGGGUUCAUGAUACAGUAAAUCUAGAAGAAAGAAAAAAUAUAUAUUUGUAAUAGUUUCUAGUUUACAUUGCAGGUUUGAAUUGGCAUAGCUAUUGUGAAUUAUACUCUGCCUUAGCAAUAUCUCUUGCACGGGUUGGAUUCAUGGAUGCCUGGGAAACCUGACUCAGUAUCAAACCGAUCAAAAAUGUACAGUUACAUGUUGGAUGGUGCCAGGCAACUCCAUAAUUGUAGCCACUUCAAUGAGAUGAAGUGCUUACAAUGCCUAGUGUGUACGUUUAAGGUAAUUUACUCAAUACUAUAUAUAUAUAUGAUAUAUGUGUGUGUGUGUAUAUAUAUAUAUAUAUAUAUAUAGUGCCAAAAUACCAGAGUAUUGCAGUAUGCAAUUAUACCUUUUUUAUUGGACUAACAUAAUACUUAAAGGAUCACUAUAGUGUCAGGAAAACAAAGCGGUUUUCCUGACACUAUAUAAUCCUUGGGGGACCCUCACCCUCAGGGUCCCCCUCCCGUGGCACUGAAGGGGUGAAAACCCCUUCAGCAGCUUACCUUUAUCCAGCGCUGGGCUCCCUCGCCACUGGUGACCUCUCCUCCUCCAUCGACGUCAGCUCCCGAGUGGAGCAGAAUGCGCAUGCGCGUCAAGUGCCGCGCACACAAUUUAAACAGUCCAUAGGAAAGCAUUUCCUAUGGACGCUCUGCGCAAUGGAUGCAGCAUCGCAGAUGCUCCUCUAGCGGCUGUCAGGAAGACAGCCACUAGAGGUUGAAUUAACCCCUACUGUAAACAUAGCAGUUUAUUAUCCUCACAAGCUAUCAGCUGCUGCAGUUAUACCAUUAACUCUCUCUGCCAUCACAUACAAAUUCCUCUGCUACCUUGUCUCAUCUCCCCAGUUUAACCUUUGGAUUGUAAGCUUAGGGCAGUGCCCUCUAAUUGUUGUAUCGGUCUGUUCUUAUUGUAUUGUCUUUUUCCCAAUUAUACAGCGCUGCUAAAUAUGUUGGCGCUUUAUAAAUACCAGUAAUAAAUAAAUAAACAUUUAAAACAACUGAUGUUAGACACACAUCUUCAUGUCUUAUAUAGUUCUCUUUCAAUACUCCUGUUUCACGUUUAUUUGAUCUAUAUAUAUAUAUAGCUAUAUAUUGGUAUGCCCUGCUCUGCUGUUUUGCUUUUUUGUUUUUUUCUUUUUAACUAGCUUAUUCACUCUCCUCUGUUUAUUUACUUUUUCUUGCUAUUCUCCAAUCUGCACCUUUCACUUUCAGGCACACCUGCUAUCUAUGACAACCCCCAGGGACGGAUUAAGAGCCUAUUGGGCCUGGUGCUGACAAUUUUGAUGGGUCUAAUUACAGAAUCUUAUCGACAGACAACACUAAAAUAGUCAUACCUCUCAAGCGUCUUAUAUCUGGUGGAGGUGGCGCUUGAGGAAAACUCACACGAUAUAACUAUCAGAAAACACAUACCCUAUGCUAAUCUUUCGCUUUCAUCUUCCAAGUAAAUCCAUACCCUCUAACAGCAGUGUCCGGUGAAGCAGGAUUUCUGUGGGCGGGGUAAAAGAGUAGGUCACCAGAACCGCUAAAAGGAACAAACAUGCCCAAAAAGGGGGCAUAUCUGCAAGAAGAAUAGAAUGGUCAGCCUGGCAUGAAUGCACGUCAGGCUGCCUGCCAAUCAUGCAGGAUGGCCAACCAAGGGCAUACUGUGUAGACAGCACCCUGAGCUUGGCAUAAAUGCAUCUAAUGAUGCGCUAGCUCUACGCUUUCUAAGGACUGUCCCAUAGCACUCUCUGGUCCACUCAUCUCCUUACCUUCUUACUAGCAGGCGGAAGCUCCUGUUAUACAGUCUAGGACAGAGAAAAGGUGUUGGAGGAAAACUCACCUGAUAUAACUAUCAGAAAACACAUACCCUAUGCUAAUCUUUCGCUUUCAUCUAUCAAGUAAAUCUAUACCCCCUAACAGCAGUGUCGGGUGAAGCAGGAUUUCUGUGAGUGGGAUAAAAGGGUGGGCCAUGACAUGAUUCAUGUAACCAGAACUGCCCAAAGGGACAAACAAUGCCCAAAAAGGGGGCGUGUCUGCACGAAGAAUUAGAUGGUCAGCCUGCCGUGAAUGCACGUCAGGUUGCCUGCCAAUCAUGCAGGAUGACCAACCAAGGGCAUACUGUGCAGACAGCACCCUGAGCUUGGCAUAAAUGCAUUUAAUGAUGCGCUAGAUCCAUGCUUUCUAAGGACUGUCCUAUGGCACUCACUGGUACAUUCCUCUCCUAACCUUCUUACUAACAGGCAGAGGCUCCUGUUAUACAGUCUGUGACAGAGAAAAGGUGUAUGUAGUGAGUGUAGAAGAAAGGGAACAUGCCACAGUGUUACAGAAACUUUAGCAGCAAGAGCAUUUGCAUAGAGUGCAGUCAGGAUAAUACUUACCAGAACAACUACAUUGAGCUGUAGUAGUUCUGGUGACUAUAGUGUCCCUUUAAUCAUAAGCCAGUCUAUAUUAAAAUUCUACCUAGCAGAAUUCUGCAAUAAGAAUAAGUGACUGUCUGCCUGUAAAUGUGUGUGGGUGUGUGUGUGUGAGACAUUGUCAGCCAGUCCACACCAGUUUUGUUCCCCUACAUCCCUCUUAAGUUUACAUACUUAAGCAAAAGCAUGUGAAGAGUAGUAUAGAUAGAUAGACAGAUAGAUACAGCAGAAAGAAUCGCACACGAGGGACUUUGUUAAAAAUUGAAAUAAGACUUAACUUUUUUUUAAUCCAUUAAAAUGAUGUCAGCGUUUCACCUUCCACAUGGAGCUUUCAUCAGGACAGCAACAACAGCAGAAUAAGGGAAGUGUCAGGUGCCUCAGAUGUAUCACCUGUGGGCACAUGACUCGAGGACACACCUUCAACCAUCCUCUCACAGGCAAGAAAUAUAAUAUCAGAUACCGGAUAACAUGUAAAACCAUUUUUUGUAAUUUAUAAGCUUACCUGGCACGCAGGGUGGAUCCUGUUUGGCACCCCCCUAACCUCCUCCCACUUUAAAAUGUAGAAAACACCCGCAAUAUGUUUAAUGUUUUCAUUUUUUAAAAUUGCACAAAUGUGUACAUUUUGAUAAAACCCUGUUCUGCCCCUUCUACAAAACCUCUCUCUUGCCCGCCGUUCUACAAAACGCACACACACACACACACACACACACACAGUUACAGGCAGUCACACAUCCACACAGUUACAGGAAGACCGUCACACACACACACACACAGUUACAGGUAGACAGUCUCACACACACACACCACUCACUAGGGGGAUGCCAUGACCAGGGAGGCAUUAGGAUGUGUGAACUGUGCGGCAGGGACCGUACACAAGACCACCUCUGAGGUGUCAGUCACUGUGUUAUUGGGGCGUUUUUUACAGCUCACUCACGCAGGGACAGGCAGCCACAGAACUUUAAAACUGCUGCAUCUAAAAUAAAUGUUACGGCGCUAAUCGGCAGUGAGGGAGCAGCCAAACUAGUAGCGGGGUGGAGCUAACCACUGCCUCCACCCGCUACUGUUACUGCUGCACAUCGAGGGGAAGCAGGAUGGAGUCCCUGCUUCCCCAACAACUACACAGGAUGGACUGAAUCCACUCCUCCUCUAGCCCAACCUGACUGUGAGUAAGAGAGAGAGAGUGUGUGUGUGUUGACAGUCUGCCUGUGACUGUGUGUGUCUGUGUGACUGUCUGCCUGUAAGUGUGUGUAUCUGUGUGACUGUCUGUGACUGUGUGUGUGUGUGUGUGUGACUGUCUGUGACUGUGUGUGUAUGUGUCUGCCUGUAACUCUGUGUGUGUGUGUGUAUGUGUCUGCCUGUAACUCUGUGUGUGUGUGUGUGUGACUGUCUGCCUGUAACUGUGUGUGUGACUCUAUGCCUCUGACUGUGUGUGUGUGUGUAUGUGUCUGCCUGUAACUGUGUGCAUGUGACUGUGACUGUCUGCCUGUGACUGUGUGCGUGUGACUGUCUGCCUGUAAGUGUGUGUGUGUGUGUGUGUGUGAGACUGUCUGCCUGUAAUUGUGUGUUUGUGUGUGUGUGACUGCCUGCCUGUAACUAUGUGUGACUGUCUGCCUGUGACUGUUUGCCUGUGACUGUGUGCAUGUGACUGUCUGCCUGUGACUGUCUGUGUGCGUGUUUGUGUGCGUGUAACUGUCUGCCUGUAACCGUGUGUGUGUGUGUGUGACUAUCUGUCUGUGACUGUGUGUGUGUGUGACUGCCUGCCUGUAACUGUGUGUGUGUGUGAGACUGUCUUCCUGUGACUGUGUGUGAGAGACUGUCUGCCUGUGACUGUGUGUGUGUGUCUGCCUGUCUGUAACUGUGUGUGUGUGACUUUCUGCAUGUAACUGUGUGUGUGUGUGUGUGUGACUAUCUGCCUGUGACUGUGUGUGUGUGUGUGUGUGUGUGUUUGUCUGCCUGUGACUGUGUGUGAUUGUCUGCCUGUUACUGUGUGUGUGUGAGACUGUCUGCCUGUGACUGUCUACCUAUGAGUGUGUAUGUGUGACCACCUGUAACUCUGUGUGUGUGUAUGUGUCUGCCUGUAACUCUGUGUGUGACUGUCUGCCUGUAAAUGUGUGUGCGUCUGUGUGUGUGUGAGACUGUCUGCCUGUGACUGUGUGUGUGAGACUGUCUGCCUGUGACACUGUGUGUGUGUGACUGCCUGUCUGUAACUGUGUGUGACUGACUGCAACUGUGUGUGUGUGUGUGUGUGACUGUCUGUCUAUGACUGUGUGUUUGUGUGUGUGACUGCCUGCCUGUGACUGUCUGUGUGUGUGUGUGUGUGUGUGUGACUGUCUGUGACUGUGGGUGUGUGUGUGUGUGACUGUCUGUCUGUGACUGUGUGUGUGUGACUGCCUGUCUGUAACUGUGUGUGUGUGUGUGUGUGUGUGUGUGUGACUGUCUGUCUGUGACUAUGUGUAUGUGUGUGUGAGACAGUCUUCCUGUGACUGUGUGUAUGCCUGUAACUGUGUGUGUGUGUGUGUGAGACUGUCUACCUGUGACUGUGUGUGUGAGACUGUCUGCCUGUGACACUGUGUGUGUGUAUGUGACUGCCUGCCUGUAACUGUGUGUGACUGACUGCCUGUAACUGUGUGUAUGUGUGUGUGACUGUCUGUCUAUGACUGUGCGUGUGUGUGUGACUGCCUGCCUGUGACUGUGUGUGUGUGUGUGACUGUCUGUGACUGUGGGUGUGUGUGUGUGUGACUGUCUGUCUGUGACUGUGUGUGUGUGACUGCCUGUCUGUAACUGUGUGUGUGUGUGUGUGUGUGUGUGUGACUGCCUCACACACACACACACACACACAGUUACAGACAGGCAGUCACACACACACAGUCACAGACAGACAGUCACACACACACCCACAGUCACAGACAGUCACACACACACACACACAGUCACAGGCAGGCAGUCACACACACACGCACAGUCAUAGACAGACAGUCACACACACACACACACAGUUACAGGCAGUCAGUCACACACAGUUACAGGCAGGCAGUCACACACACACACAGUGUCACAGGCAGACAGUCUCACACACACAGUCACAGGCAGACAGUCACACACACACACACACACACACAGUUACAGGCAUACACACAGUCACAGGAAGACUGUCUCACACACACAUACACAUAGUCACAGACAGACAGUAACACACACACACACACAGUUACAGUCUGUCUGUGACUAUGUGUACGUGUGUGUGAGACAGUCUUUCUGUGACUGUGUGUAUGCCUGUAACUGUGUGUGUGUGACUGUCUGCCUGUAACUGUGUGUUUGACUGUCUGUCUGUGACUCUGUGUGUGUGUGAGUGCCUGUCUGUGACUGUCUGUGUGUGACUGUGUGGCUGUGAGUGUGUGUGUGUGACUGUGUGCGAGUGACUAUGUGCCUGGGACUGGACUCUGAAGACUGUUUCUAAUAUUGUAAAAAAAUGAAUUAUAUUGUAAGGGGCGAAGCAAGGGCUUUAGAGGGAGAGGCAGUUUUUUGGGGGAAGGGGAGUGCAAGAGUUUUAUGGAAGGGCGUGCAGGGGUUUGUAGAAGGGGGACAGGGAUUUUGUUUAAAGGGGGCUGAGCAGGGGAUUUAUGGAAGGGGGUGCAGAGGUUUUAUAGAAUGGAGGCAGGACAUGCGUUUUGUAGAAUGGCCGGCAAGAGAGGGGUUUUGUAGAGGAGGGCAGAACAGGGUUUUAUCAAAAUUUACACAUUUGUGCAAUUUUUAAAAAUGUAAACAUUAAAAAUACUGUGGGUGUUUUUUACAUUUUAAAGUGGGAGGAGGAGAGGGGGAGGAGGGUGCCAAACACAAGAUCCGCCCCGGGUGGCAAAUGCUCUAGUUAUGCCCCUGACACACACACUCACAGGCAGACAGUCAACACACACACACUCACAGGCAGACAGUUAACACACACACACACUCUCUUUCUUUUACUUACAGUCAGCUUGGGCUGGAGGAGGAGUGGAUUCAGUCCAUCCUGUUUCCCCUCGAUGUGCAGCAGUUACAGCAGCUCUGCCUCGCUGCCAGUUUGGCUCCGUCCCCGCUGCCAACUUGCUCCACCCUGUUUAUUUUAGAUGCGGCAGUUUUAAAGUUCUGUGGCUGCCAUGGCAACCUGUUCCUGCUGCACAGCUCACACAUCCUAAGGCCGCCCUAGUCAUGGCAUCCCCCUUGUGAGUGGCACCCGGGGAAGACCGCCCUCCCCCACCCACCACCCCUCCUUCGCCACCAGCCCCCCCUCCCCUUAGUAUGCUACUGCCUACCCAUGUGGUUUGUCUUACAUAGGAAAAACCCAAUUUGCAAACGUGUGUCUAACACAUCUCGUCAAGGGACAGCGAUCCAGCAUAUGUACAGCGUACAGGGAUGAAACUUCAGAUAAGCCAGUGGCAAAACAUUUUCUAGAUAAGAAGCACCUUCUAUCAGUCUUACAAUUUAUAGGAAUCGACCACAUCCCUGAGCCCAAAAUAUGUGGCAAUCGAGCAAACAGAAUCUUACAAAAGGAAACUUUUUGGAUCUUCACAUUGGACACCGUUGCACCAAGAGGACUGAACGAAAAACUAUCAUAUAGCCCAUUUUUUAUAGUUCUAUGUAUAGUUCCUCGGUAAAGUUUGGCCUCAGCUCUAAAAAUAUUAUUUUUUUUACUAUCAAACAAAAUAGUUUCCUUCCCUUUAAAAGGACUGUUUUGGGACACUUGUUUUAAAUGUAACAUUUGUGUUGUGAUUUUUGAUUCAUCCAUAAUUUUUAAUGAUAUGUGUAGGUUUUCGGAUGGACCUACACAACCUAGAUUUUUAAUUUAAAUAAAUAAAGGAAUAUUUUAUAUGGAUAUGUUUUAAAUAGGUAGAAAUCAAUCCUCAAUUCUCAUUUUUUUUAAAGGUAACUUUUCCCGGACGAAGUAGAAACGCAUAGUUCAGUGCGCCCUGCUCCGACGGUGUAUUACACAGGGGAAUCCCCAAUACUCUACGAGCAUCAGGAGAGGAGAAUACUCAUCUUCAACUCUCCUACCAACAACCAAGAAGCACACCUGCUACCAGGCAAUAGGAUCUCCAUCAACAUAUGAGUAAGUGGAAAAAUGGCUGAUAUCUACUCUAUUCUGCAACAAGGAGGUUUUUUUCUAAGCCUUCAACCGAGCUACACACUCAUAUACCCACAAGCAGACUCAGGACAUACAAGAUCAGAACAAAGAGAGCUCUCUCCUCCAUCACCAGGUUGGACUUUUUUGUUUAUUCCUUUUUACAUUUAGACUUUUAUUUUUUCACCUUUUUUCCCCAUAUACUUAUUGUUUCUUUUUUACUACAGUUUUCAUUUUACAUUUUUUUAUUGGUCCAUUUUUUUGUUUUUUAUGCUGUACCUGUAAAUAGUGUGCACACUCAAUUUAGUACAACAGGUACCUGUUUUAAAAUCAUUGAAUCUCAGCAUAUAAUUAGUAUAUACAGAUUUAUACAUAUUUUAUGUUUUAAUUAGACAAAUAAAUGUUUUAUUUUAUAUACAAAUAAUAGUAAGGUUUUUUUGCGCUUCUUUCAACACUUCUACUGUUUUAUUUUGUACAAGAACGUGUAGGGAUACUUUCUAUAUAAGAAGCUGUAUUCCUAACAUACCCUCACAUUUUCUUACUGGUUACACCCCAGAUUAAGUGGGACUUUCCUUCUAACAUCACUAUUAACAUCUUACAACCAUUAUUAUUUCCCAUUAUUGGGGGUAUAUUUGUAUGCGCAAUUUAAAACACGACUGGAGAAGUUAUUAUUCUCUAGCUAUCUUUUCUAUUGAUCUGGUGCUGAAUGACUGUCCCUGUGCUGCUAGGAUUAGUGCCUCAGUGUUGUCUUUCAGUCCUGCCUUUUCCAACCAUGGGAAGGUUGUUUGUUAUGUGAGCCUCAUCCACUAUCUGCUGGUGGUACACCCCAUGGAGAGGUUUGUCUUGCCAAUGAACCUCCUCUUUUUCUGCAUCCUCUAUCUGUAAAAGUCUCAGGCAUUCCCUUAGCAGUUCAUCUUUAGGAGCCAUCUUCGUGAUGUACUUGUGGAUGCUCUGUGUUUCGUCCAGGACUGUGGCCUUGACACUCAUCAGGCUGUGACCUCCUUUCUUCCGGCAGGUGUACAGUCUCUGGGUGCUGGAUUUUGGGUGGAAUCCUCCAUUAAUAUUGAGUAGUAUCAUAUCAGCUCUGAUAUGGGCUGACCAACUCUUCAUGUGUGCUGCUCUCUGUUGGAUAUCUUCGACUGUGAUGGUGACUGGUUCCUGUUCUGGCAGUAUGCAGUGCUCUGCUGUCAGGUCUAGUAGCCACUAGGCCUCUGUGUUGUGAGAUGUUUCUUUCGCCCAGAUAUUCUUCCAGUACUGUUCAGUCUUAGCUCUGGGUGGAUCUUGCGAGGAGAUGUAGUGGUUACCCUGUAGCUGUGCAUACACCUUGGAUGGUUCUUUGGUAAAGAGGGCAUUGAUUCUCUGGUGUAUCUGCUCAGUCUGGUUGCCAGUGUUGUCAGUCUUUGCUUAGCUGUUUCCAGCACCUCUGGUAUGGGCAUAUCCUUGUACUUCUGCAGCAGCCAUGAUCUAUCUUUUAUCUUUCCACCUCUGUUAAGUUGAUCCACCAUACUAACUUCGUUGUUGUCUUUAUUUUGGCUUCCAGUCAUAGUCUCCAAGGUGGGCAUUGCUUCUCUUUGAACCUGAUUUUGUAGUCAAGUAGCUGGAGGACCACUAAUGCUUUGGCAUAUAUGAGCCUGUUGGUCUCUGUGAUGGCGAUAGACAAUGCUUCAUUAACUGCAACUGUCUUGUGGUUGAUUCUUCGGUAGUCUUGUCCGCUGGUCAACGACUGCUAGUUUUCUAGGAUCAUUUCCCUUAUAUCUGUUUGUGACGGCACUCCGGGUAUGAGAAGGGGUUAAAGCCGCCAAGGUUGUUAUUUUCACCGAAUACGAAGUCAGCUACCGAACACUCUUAAGCGCCGAACAGGAAUCUUAACAAAAUAUCCCCCCAAGCAUGAGACAAGGCUCUGUGUUGAAGGUCAAGCAGGAUCUGUUUAAUGGUGGCCACAUAUCGGCCUUUUAUGCAGGUCUUCCAGCAAGGGACAUUUCCAUAGGGCGUCCGACUGUCUAAGAUGGCCGUCGCCACGUGUUCAUUCAUAAGAACGACGACCACCCAGCCGACCGUUUGAGAGUUGGAAGUGGCUGCGAUUAACCGCAGUGUUAACAAGGUCAGAAAGGUUAACGAGCAGCACACUUCCCUGCUAGGUGGCCCGCCAUUCGGUAGUUAUGUUCGUCUUUUAGUGAAUGCAACCAGGGAAACACACGAACAAUCGGGGACUAGCGAUCAAACAGUUGAAACAGUCUCAAAUAAUAAUCCAGUGGCAGGGAGGUCUGCUACACUGUUGUUAUGCCAUCUUGGGGAAUGGAUUCAGGUUGGCAAUUCUCUGCAGGUAAGAAUGUGAGUAUGGGAAUUUUUUCCUCCUCAUGGUGCAUGGUUGAUUUCUUCUGUAGUCCAUUUAUUUCCAGUUGGGCACUAGAUUUCUCUUGAAGAUGUUCAAACAUUGUGUAACCAGCUGUUUUGGUGUUAGGGUAGAUGAUGGUCUCUUAUUCAUCCAUAGCUCCCACAUACGUUUCAUGUAGCCUAUCUCAUUGGGUCUGCUGUUGUAAUAGCAUUCAAGCAGGUCUAGGUUCUCGCUCCAUGUCCAGGAAUGCUUUGCUCCAGUAGCCCACUUGUCGUCAGAUUGCCUUGGUUCCCUAGCAUCUGACACGGACAUUGUUAAUCCAGGCGACGUCCAAGCCGGCAUGACUCUCUUGGUUCGUGUUGCUCUCAUAUUACUGAGGUGGGCAGGAUGUAUAUUGUUAGGUGUCUUGCCCAGGGACACUUACUGGUGUAGUGGUCAGACCAGUAUUCGAACCAGUUCGAAGUCAGUGACAUCACUACUGUGCUAUCCAGUCAAGAUAUAUAUAUAUAUAUAUAUAUAUAUAUAUAUAUAUAUAUGUAUGUAUGUGUAUGUAUGUGUAUAUCUAUAUAUAUGUAAAAUCUAUAUGUAAAAACGGUGUUUGCACUCAGGCUAAGUCCUAGGCAUGCAUAUAUAACAAUCUAUACAUUGUGAAGGAUUAUAUAUGAACCAAGGCUCAAGCUACAGAUGACCAGAUGACCAGUCUGUUUAAAAUUGGCUAGCUUGGAUCAUGUUAUGCUUUAUAUGUUGAUGAACUUUACCCUAGGUUUAGUGUCUGACACAUGCACACAAUCUUUUACUUGUGGCAUCCUAUGGCUUCUGAGGAGAAUAUUGCAGCGGUCCCCCUUAGGCCCCCCUCCUCAGUAACUUCAUGUUUUUUAUAUAUAUAUAUAUAUAUAUAUAUAUAUAUAUAUAACCGUUGAAAUAUGCUUAGUUCUGUAAAUUCCUUUUGUGGUAAAAAUUGCCUUCAAGCAUCCCAUGUUUGUUGCGCAAGUCAUAAAGCUAUUUGCUAUAUAACCUUGUAUGCUCUCCCAUUAAAAAUCAGAAGCAUCUUUUGAUUACACAAACAACCUUGUGUGUCUGAUUGCUUCUCUGAGCGCACACCAAUAUAUUUAUAGAUUGAACCCCGUUCGUAUGCUGGCUUUCCUCCUCUAUACUCACGAAAUUCAGCAUGAAAGAAAAGUUUUUAUGAACUGCCUUCCGAGAUUAUCGACGACAGGUAAGCAGUGGCUCUUGGGUUUAAAUAGGACCAAUAGUCCCUCCCACAACUAUGGCUUGGCCUGUAGUUGAGGGAGGGACUAUUGGUCCUAUUUAAACCCAGGAGCCACUGCUUACCUGUCGUCGAUAAUCUCGGAAGGCAGUUCAUAAAAACUUUUCUUUCAUGCUGAAUUUCGUGAGUAUAGAGGAGGAGAGCCAGCAUACGAACGGCUAACUGUAAGUCAUUUUCAUUACACGAACACACCUAUUAUCACUUCGUUAGUAGCAUCCGUUCGUUUAAACUCCGUUUGUUUAAAGUUUCAUGUUAAAACCAUUUCGUUAAAAAUACUGCUGCAUUUCAUUUAAAGUUUGUCUGUUUCUCCGGUCACUCAAUUAGGUCUGUUUCCCACGGUUACAAUUUCAUUCAUACAGAAUCAGACGAAUGGCAUGAAAUAGCUCUCAUGUGCUUACAUAAUAUAAGGCUAUUACGUUCGUGUAAAAAUCACUAACAUACCAUCAUUUAAAGCCCCGUUCGGCUAAAUCCUUUAGGUCAUUCCCUCAAAGCUUGAAGCUUGUAUAUCUUGCAUAGUACUAUAUAAAUAGUUCCAUGUGACAUAAUUUAUGAAAAUUUAAUUUUUCUCUAGCAUUUAUUCCUGUCUGAAGGUUAAGUUCUUCUUCCUACUGUCAGCCAGCUAAUCUUUGUCAUAGCUUGUUCACUUAGGUCAUACAUGCUUUUGGUAAAUUGCUCAAGGUACAUCUUGGCAUAGUUUACUUUAAUUUUCCCUAUUGCAUUACAUUUGAUUACUGUUCGGUUAACGCCGGUUAAGCAAGUAAUAUAUUAAGCUAGUCAAUUACAUGAUAGUUUAUUUUCCCUCCUCUUUUCAAAAAGAUACUACGAUUACAGACAUUGGUUACAACGGCCCUGUCUUUAAAAAAUACCAACUCUGCAUGUAUUUAGAGAGGUAGGCCUCUAAAGUAAUACCUCCUUCUUUCCAGUUUUGUCCUUGUUAUCUGUCAAUACUUCUGGGGGUUUAGGUUAUAACUCAAUCAUUAUGACAUGUUUUAGGAACAAGUAGGGGUCAUUCUUACCAACUAUGUCCUACAGGUCAAUAGCAGGUAUGUAUAAUAAAUAAUUUUAAAAAAUCAAGAUAGGUAGUAAUUCUAGUGUUAAAUCCACGCCAAUCAGGUAUAAUUUCCAUAGGCCUCUUCACCUUUAGUUGAGUAGUCCUGAAAGGCCAGCGCUCAUCCCUACGAUCAGAGGUACAAGCCCAAUCGGCCCAAACGCAUAGUUAUCACCUUGCAUCAGGUUAUAGUUAGGGCCUCACUUGUCACAGCCAAUCGAUAUUAAAAUCUUAUACGUUUCACAGAGGGGCCAACACCCCACCGCUGACCUCAGUGGCACAGAGGCCCCACGAGCCAAAUCAUAGUUAGAGCCUCUCAAAGCCACUUGGCAAGUAGUAUGGGCGUCAUCCGUCAGCUAAGUUAGUUAGAAUAAUAUAAUUUCGCCUUUGGGCAUUAAACUAGGGAACUUGGUUACUUCUUAUCCACAUGGAUACCAAGUUAUCUACCUCACAUCCUUAGCAUGUCUAACACUUCCAUACAAGGAGAUGACCUGUCGGUGGACAGCACCCCGACCAGACCAAGUUCCCAGAUGAGACAAACCGUACUGGCCAGCCCAGCGUCCAGCUACAGAUCCUGGACAAUACCUAAAAUUACUGCCGAACUUGAAAAUAAAAAUAUUCCCUUCCCUGCCACAGCCAGGAAAGCUGAACUUUUUCCCCUGUUAAAUACAAAUGAUGAUAAUGAAAGACCUGGCCUUAGUUCUGAAUAUAAUAUUCAAAAUAGUUUGUCAGAACUUCACAACAUGAUGGCCUCCCUAGUGACUUCUGUAGCCACAAUAAAUAACCGGUUGGAUAAUUUGGAGUCCAAUAACCGAUCAACCAUUCUGGAGGCUCCAGUACCUAUAGCCCAGCCAGAGCCUAACCCAGGAGGUAACGCUAACCCUCUACCCGCAAAAAGUACUAAUAUCAUUAACCCAGUACAUCUCAUUCCACAAAAAAUUAAACAGGACAUAAUAGAAGGGAAAGCCAUUAAUCUGGCUUCUCUUCUCAUAGCAUCACAAGACGUAAUUGAGAACAGAUCAUACACGUUUGACGACCUGUCCGUAAUAAUGAAAUCUAGGGACCCAAGACUGAACAGGAAGUUAAAUAUUCCAGAAUUUGUCCUGGCAUUUGGCCUGUAUAGGAACGUGAUUUGUUCUGCUUUUCCCAACCUUAGAGAGGAACUUGAUUUAUAUUUACAUAAGCUGAUAGACUUGGUGUAUAAAUAUGGAGGCUACGCUUUUUAUGACUACCACAAGUCCUUCCCUUCUAGAUCUGCUGCGUCACUGGCCCAAUAUAAUACUCCUACCGACUGGGGCCAGUUAGACACAGAAUUAUUCUAUAGACCUUUUGUGGGUCUUAAAACACCAUCAUGUGCAAUAUGUUCCUCAGCUGCCCAUACUGUUAACUUCUGUCCCAGCAACGUAGUAAUUCCUUCUACUAGCAAUGCCAACCCCGAGUUUCAACCCAACGUGGCCCAAAGAGAGUUAAGAGAUAAACUAGGCAGGCCUAUCAUUUUUCUUGGGAAGGCUCAAGUCUGUAACAAUUACAAUGCUGGAGGAUGUAGUUACAGUGCUUGCAGACUCCUUCACGUAUGCUCACUUUGUUUCAGAGAACAUGCUAAAACAAUUUGUCCAAACAGAUUGUACCCUAAAAGAUCUUUUACACAAAUAAACGUAAUUUACAAUGUUACCUGUCUGAUAAUCCUUCUUCAGGUCUGGUAGAAUUUCUCACCUCUGGUUUCACUAAUGGGUUUCACACGGGUUUUGUUGCACUCCCCACAGGAAUUCUAGAAUGCCCAAACCUACAGUCGACACUCACUGACCCAAGUAGUUUGCAUGAACUCAUCAAUAAAGAAAUAGAGAAUGGUUUCAUGAUUGGGCCCUUCUCUACCCCACCUUUCACAUCCUGGAGAACUAACCCUCUAGGCAUAGCUACAGGGAAGUUUAAUAAUAAAAAAGACUCAUCAUUGAUUUUUUUGAGCACCUCACUCUUCCACUACACCUAGCUUAACCCCUUAAGGCCAAACUUCUGGAAUAAAAGGGAAUCAUGACAUGUCACACAUGUCAUGUGUCCUUACAGGGUUAAAUGCACUUAUACCAUCUGAGGAUUUCUCAUUACAAUAUGCAAGAAUAGAUGAUGCCAUACAAGCUAUCAUUAACUCUGGCAAGGCAGCUUGAUUAAGUAAAACAGAUAUUACGAAUGCAUUCAAACUACUACCAAUUCAUCAGUCACUCUGGCACCUGCAUGGCAUUAAGUGGGAAGACAAGUAUUAUUUCGCAACUAGACUUACUUUUGGCUCCAAAAGUAGCCCUAAGAUUUUCGAUAUUUUCACUGAAACAUUGACCUGGCUCUUACUUAACAAAUGCAGAUGUCCUGUAGUCAUUCAUUAUUUAGACGAUUUUCUCUCUAUUGAACCACACCACUUCACACCAGGCAGCCUACAUCACAUGCUGUCACUAUUUGAGAAUUUAGGAGUUCCGGUAGCCACAGACAAAACAGAAGCUCCCAACACCGAGAUUAUGUUCCUGGAGAGAAUACUAAAUUCAGUUUCUAUGCAAGCUAGCCUGCCUCAAGAAAAGGUAGAUAGGAUUUUAGCGUAUAUUGAUAUCUGCACCUCACAAGGGUCUUGCACCAGGAAAGAACUACAGUCACUUCUAGGGUCCCUUAAUUUCGCUAUGAGGAUUAUUCCUCAAGGGAGGCCUUUCAUUUCCAGAAUUCUCUCUCUCUUACACGGUCUUCCCAAUGACGAUUCCAGAACUAACUUAGAUCAACCAGCUAGGGCCGACUUAAAAAUGUGGCAUCUAUUUCUAUCCUCUUGGAGUGGCAGGUCAUUAUUCGUUCCCCCAUCUCUGAUGAUUCCCCGAUAAUGUGGACUGAUGCUUCAGGAGCCAUAGGUUACGCAGCAAUUUUUGGCAAUGACUAGGUAUACGACUGUGACAGAACCAUCUGUCUGUUUAUUGCGGUGGAUUUGUCUGUUUCUGCCCCGUUCGUGUAAAUGGCUGUUUCCUAUAGCCCAGCCAUACGAAUGACUGUUUUUCCCGAACAAACCUACCGAACGGAUGGCCACCCAGGAGAGAAGUGUGCUGCUGGUUAACCUAUUGAUCCCAAUUAGAACGUUGUGGUUAACCGCAGACACUUCUCAAUUAAACCGAAUUCAUGGUGGUCGUCGUUCGUAUGUCGACCACGAGGCAGCGGCCAUUUUAAAACACGCGAAAGCCCAGCGGUAUUCGACUCUAUUUUCAUGGAACUAAAAACUGACACUUUUUCUGCCGAACACCGCUGAAACAACAGAACGCCUGACUGCCUCCACGAAAGUGUACGAACACCGGCCGUUCGGGAGUUUUGAACCACACGAAAGGACUUAACCAAGAUAGCCUUCCCAUGGAGUCAAUCGCAUACCGAAAGACUGUAAGAACUUUGACUCCAUGGCGAUUGAACUGUGUGUGUGGGAUCUGAGCGCUAUUCGCUAAUAAUAUGCACUCAGAUCCAGGCUAUCUGGGGAUAUGUGAUGCGAAUGGGAAAUGUUAAAGUUAUGUAUUUUUAUGUAUUUUCUAGUAUUGUAUCUAAGAUGGCGAUUUGUCUUUGUCCUGGAGAUAAUUGAAUUACUUCUAAAUUAUCUCCAGGGCAGAAGGGAGGAAACCAUAUUGCAUUGUGGGUAAAGGCUGUGACUGUAUGUCUGGAAUGUCUUCAUGCCCAUCUGUAAUUCCAGUCUCCCAUUUGGUCCCCUAGGGGAGUGUCCACCAAGUGGGAGACCUGCAUAAAUACGGGCAGGUAGCCCACAGUAAAGCCAGAUCCUGUUUGACCCUCAAUGCGGAGCUUCUGUCUCGUUAUUGGGGGGAUUUCUUCUUUGCGCUUAGAGACUGCUGGAUGGUACCGAAAGCCGCUUGGUGGAUAUCGUUGUUCGGCGGCUAGCAGCAGUUCAUGGAUUUCUCUUCGGGAGUUUGGAGCCUUUCACGGAUCCCGGUCGGAAGAUUACCGCUUCCCCUGGUUAUGGUUCGUGUAUUACAAUUGAUGCGAACGGAUUACUGAAUUUGCGAAAGGGGAAGGUGAACUAAACGGCGGUUUCUCUUAAAUACACCAGACACGUCUUAACAACGACUCUUGGCUACCAGAAACUUCCUCCUUAGAAAAUUUCAACAGGACCUCAGCACUGUUUGAAAUUUUCCCGAUUGUAGUUGAAGCACAAAUAUGGGGUAAAGAAUGGAGAGGUAAAUUAGUUAGGUGCUUUUCAGACAACCUGGCAGCUUGUAACAUUAUUAAUAAAGGCCGCUCUCAGUCCCUUACAAUCAUGAACUUAGUAAGGAAACUUACCUGGUUAGCGGCAAAUCUACAGUUCUGUAUAAGUUGUAUGCACGUUCCAGGCAUUCAGAAUAAUGCAGCUGAUGCACUCUCACGUUCUAAUUUACAGGAAUUUUUCAUAAUCCAUCCGACAGCAUACUUACAGCCCAAUGAACCUCCACAGUUCACAGACCUAAUAAUGCUCUGAAUACCCUGUUAAAUCACAGUAGGUCGCUCGCACAGGCUGGUUUAUCACUCAGUGCUAAAAAAGCCUAUGUCAGAGCAUAUGAUCUGUUUAAAAAAUCUGUACGUGAUUAUAAUGUAAUAAAUGAAACCAUGGUUGCGUUCAAACUUUUUGCCACAUAACUCUAAAAUUAGCAUACAAUACAAUCAAACUUUACCUAACAGGCAUACAAUACUACAUUUAAAUUAUUUAUCCAAACAAAGCUCCAUUCUGAGCCUCUUAUCCAGUCAAAAGUGUCUUAAGAGGCGUUCAGAGACUAACAAUUCAUAAUCCCCUCAAAAGACUUCCAAUAGAUAGAAACCUAUUUAGGAACAUCUCCGAUUUACUAGACAGUAUCACUAAUCUGAUAACCAAAUCCGCAGCCUAUAUAGCCUUUUACGGUUUCCUGAGACCCAAGGAAUUUUCUGUGGAGAAAACAUCCGACUUUAAGUCAUGCCUUAAAAGGAAACAGCUAACUAAAGUAGACGACCAUUAUAUCCUGUCAAUCUCUCAUGCCAAAACUAGCCAGACUGGCCCCCUAGUAGAGAUAAAAUAUUACCCUACCUCUACCAAGUGGUGUCCAAUUCAAAUAUUGGAUAACUUAGUCAAGGCACAGCUUACAGCUAACCCCAAAUUCCCACUAUUAGCCAUUCAAGGGAAGCCCCUAACCACCAAACAGUUCAUGCUAUACAUACGCACAAUGAUACUCAGAUUAGGACACAACCCACAUUCCUUCUCUGGCCAUUCAUUUCGUAUUGGGGCAGCCACAGCAGCUUCUGGUAAUCACGUACCAACACAUAUCAUUAAGAACAUGGGACGCUGGAAAUCCUCCGCAUACAACAGGUACAUUCCUAAUCCAGAAAAGGGAAUCAGACUAGCUUUCCAUGAAAUGUCCAAAUAAUGUCUAUGGCUAAAUAAAGUAUGUCUUGCAAAAUAAAUUGUUUUCUUAAUUUUUGCCCUCUUUUUACAGGUCUAACCUCACGUUGGUUUCGGCACACCUCAACUGACUUUUGUUCUUAUUAAUUUACAUAAUACCAUAACCAUACAUUCCUCUAAAUGUGCCGUACACAAAUGGAAGGCUUGGCCUGUAAUUGUGGGAGGGACUGAUGGUCCUAUUUAAACCCAGGAGUCCCUGCUUACAUGUCAUCGAUGAUCUCAGAAGUUUCCCUCCCACCUCACCCUUUAUUAUUUCAUAUUAUCUAGGUGGGCCCUCUUUUCACAGGUCUAACCUCACAUCGGUUUUGGCACACCUCAGCCGACUUUUGUUCUUAUUAAUUUACAUAAUACCAUAACCAUACAUUUCUCUAAAUGUGCCAUACACAAAUAUAUAUAAGCUUUUAUAUAUAUAUAUAUAUAUAUAUAUAUAUAUAUACACACAAGCUUUAAGACACCUGACAUCCGUUCUGAUAUCAGUUCUCAUUUCAACACUCUAAUCAACACCUCUUCAAUCAAUCUAUAUAUAUAUAUUGAGGUGUUGAUUAGAGUGUUGAAAUGAGAACUGAUAUCAGAAAGGAUGUCAGAUGUCUAAAAGCUUUGAGAGGAAAGGGAGUAGAGAUAUGAAACUUUAGUUAGAAUGGUAAGAUGGGUCACAAGAUGGCUUUUUUAGGAUGAGUAAGGCAGUAGCAUGUUUAAGGGCAGUGGUGGAAAUGCCAGAAGAAAGACAGUGUUAAGGAUGGCACAAGAGGAGAGAGAUCUGAUAAGGUUAGAUGGAAUGGGAUUAAGCAGACAAGUUGUGGGGUGAGAGGAAAGGAGAAGGCAGCCACCUCCUGCUUGGUAGAAAGGAAGAACACCUAGAGGCAUUUUUGUGUGGUGUAUGAAUUGUUAUUUAAUGUAUACAUAUACAUUCUAGCUGUAUGGUAGCAUAUAUUACAGACACUUUAAAUUCUACAAGGUUAACUCAGCAAUGAAAUGGUUAAAAGUUCAAAUUAGGACAAAGUCAUAUGUUGCUUGUCAAUCAAGGGGUUAACAAGACAAAGGACAACGACAUAUGUUUCCUGUCAAUCAAAGGGUCAACAAGACAUAUUUCUUUGGAGCUAACAAUAGACAGUGCUAAUUAAAUUAAAAAAACAAUAUGAGAACUCUAAAGGAUGGACAAAAGCUUAGAGAAACUCAGUAGCUUGCCCUUCGGUAAAUCCCCACUCAGGUCUCAAAAUAAUUUUUGCUCACUUGUGCCAUUACAGAGAGAACAUAUUCCGAAGCAUAUCAGACUGAUCCCACCUGCAAGGGCAGUCAGGAACCUAAAUGCCAGCAAGUUCCCUCUGCACAAGAGAUACAGCAAGCCCAGACGAUCUUUUCAGCCUACUUUGGGCAACCUUAGUGAGGUGUAGCUCAUUCCCAUCCAGGCACAGUGAGCACGGGGUCCACGCCUGGAUUACCAUUUUACUUGGGGCGAGCAUUAACUAUGCAUUGAAGCAAAAACAAAGAAUAUGAAAACUGAGAAUAUGAGAAUGGACAAAAGCUUCGAGAAAUACAGCACAUUACACCAUAGAAGGGAAAAAGUUAAGAACUUUUUUUGAACAAAG